CCCCUCCCUCCACGCCACACUUUUGUCCAGUGUCGGGUCUCGAACUCGCGGCCUUCUGGAGCGCGCCUUCCCUCCAGCCAAUCGCAAUAGCCGCCGCCUUCGCAACAACAACAGCCGCCUCCUCCCUACCGGAUAAAGGCCCGCCGCUCUCCUGCGCAUGUCCGCCUACAUUUCCCAACAGGCAUUUCCGCCUACGAAGGCAGCUCUUUGUUGACGCACGCGCGCGGAGGGGGGGGCGCCCGCGUAUCCACGGGAAACGUAGUCCUCCCUCGGCCUUGCUCGGCCGUCUUCAAAGGACCGCAGGACUACAUCCCCCAUGAUCCCUUUUCACGCCGGCGCUCGUCCUCUCCUCACAGCGCCGGCGCCCUGGGCUCGUCCGCCAUCUUGGUUUCCAGGGUGACAGGACCGUGGUGGUGGCGGGCAGUAGGCCGGCCCGACCCGGCGCGGGGCGGAGAUGCUGGCCUGCCUGAUGAGCAGGCCUCUGCCGCCGGGUCUGGCGCGGCUCUUCGGGGCGAGGCUCCCGCUGGCGGUGCGCGGGGCCUCGGCGACGUCCGCGGCGUCGGCCUCGUCGUCGCUGGCCGGGCGAGAGGAGCUGCAGUACCCAGGCGAGGCCGCUAGGGGCCGCCCGCAGCGCCAGGCGGCGGGAGAAGAGGAAGAAGAAGAAGUGAGGCUGGCGAAGCUGCAGCGCCGCCGCGCGCCCUCUAGGGGGCGCUGCGGGGACGAGGCGCUGUGGCCGCAGUUCAAGGCGCCGGCCGCCAGGGGGCAGGACGCGCAGCAGCUGGGAAGAUACCCCUGCGAGGCGGGCGCCGCCCUGGCGGCGGGCAAAAGGGCGGCAGCCGAAGGAGGCUGGCUGCCCAGGCUGCCCUGCCAGGAGGAGGAGCAGCAGCAGCAGCUGCCGUCUGGGGACGCUAGCGCCCGCCCGCUCCGCAGGGAGCCCAGCGGCCUGCGCCUCUGGCCCAACCCGGAGCGGGCCGGGCGCCACCGCAGCAAAGGGAACCGUGGCAACAGGCGCGGACCCAGGAUCCCGUCCUUCGCUGCCACUGCUGUGGCGGCCGCCGGGCUGGCAUUCUGCUACAGCAAGGGCAACGUCUCCAAAGGUGACCGCAGGGCGACGCUCUCCGGCAGGAGGGACUCAAGCCGCUAGUCCUGUGUGAGGGACGCUGGGGAGGUUGACCAGGGAUGCUGGGGCUUUGGGGGUUUUUGCUUGCUGUUGGGGAGACCAGGUCGUUUCACCACCUGGGGCAAAGCGGAAAGAGGCUCGUCCGCUGCUGCCUCACCCUCCGCUACUGCCCCCGCUCCUGUUGCUGCCGCCUGGGGCAGCCCAGGGAAGCCCCGGUGGGCUGAGGGAGGCUGGAGAAGAGGCGGGUGACAAGCAGAGGAGGCAGUGAGUAGCUGGCUCCUCAGGGUGUGGGUCUGCCACUCCUCCCAGCUGAGCGCUGCCUGAUGCCAGGCGGGCCGGCCCUGCUUAUUAUAAAUAAUAAACAUAAUUGCGUUAAUAUCUUGCCCUUUUCUCCACAGAGCUCAAGGCAGCAUGCAUGGUUUCACCCACCACUUGUUUCAACCUCCACAACAACCCUGUGAGGUAGGUUAGGCAGAGAGAGGCAGUGACUGGCCCUCCAGAUCACACCUAGUGAGCUGCGUAGUGGCCAGUUGGGGGAUUCGAACCCUGAUCUCUUCCUGGUCCUAGUCCAACACUAACCGCUAGCCCACACUGGCUCCUUCUAUGGUGAGAUCCUUGCUUUUCCCAUCAGUAUAUAUCCAGCCUAGAGAAAAGAUUCGCCUGCCAUAAUUCCUGUAUGCGCUGGAGUGCUCUUAGAACCGUUGAAGCAAGGCUAGUAAAAGGCAGUGUGCUUAGUGGUUAGAGGGUUGGGCUAGGACCUAGGAAAAAUGUUCGGUCAGCCAUGAAGCUGCCUGGGUGACCCUUGGGGCCAGACACCCCAUCUCAGCCUAACCUGCCUUACAGGGUUGUUGCGAGGAGAAAGCACAGAGGAGAAGAACCUGAGCUCCUUGGAGGGAAAGGUGGAUAUAAAUGUAAUAAAGGAUACAAUAAGUAAUAAUUUAGAAUUUUGGCGUCAGUGUUCUACGUUCCUGUUAACCAGCCUGGUGCCCCUUCCCUUGGUUGUUUUGGACUACAACUUCCAUUGGCCCAAACCAGCAUAUUUCCUAGGGGAUUUGCCCAUGCUGCUCUUCUCAAUUCAUUUGCCUGUUGGUGUCUCAGGACAGUAAUGAAUUCUAAGAGGGGAUUCUCCUUUUUCCUGUGAGCUUAGUUGUGCAUACAAGGUGUGCCCAGGCACACCCUAACAUCUCCAAAAAAAUGUGGCAAAAACUUGAUAUUUUCCGUGUCGUUUUUUAGCUUUGUAUUUUUAAAUCAAAGUUCAGUUGAUGGUCUGUUAAAGAGGUGAGGUUUAGUUUCUUUCCGUUGGAACAGUUGUUACAGUACUGGUUUUUGAUAAAGUUCAUAAUUAUUAUUAUCAAAACAAUUAGUCCUGCUUUACAUUCUCGUCCUCAAAGUGCAUUUUGAGGCUAGUUUUGCAUGGUGUACUUAAGCAUUACGGCCAGGAGGUGGCAUAUUUGAACCACCUGUUCCCAAAGUGGCAACCUUAUGCCGCUUGAGGUUUGCAGCCUUCCCCAGCUUGUUUUUGGACUACAAGUCAUGUGUGCUGGCUGGGGCUGAUGGGACUUGUAGUCCAGACCAUCGAGAACCCCAGGAAGACUGUUUCAAAAGACUCGUUCCUGGGCCUUUCUCACAGCAGGGAUCAACUUUUGUUUUGAGUGUCCAGCUGUGCAUUAAAAGAGGUUUUGAUUGUUGCUCCUUGCCUUGUAGCUUAUGCACUGAAGUCUAUCUUCAGGGUCUUACCCUGGGAGUGUGGGGGCAACACCCAGAAUCAUAGAAUUGUAGAGGAGGAAGGUACCCAAGGGUCAUCUAGUCCAACCCCCUGCAACACAGGAAUUGUCCAUUCCACCGUUGAACAGCUCUUACCGUCAGAAGAUUCUUGCUAAUGUUUAGUCAGAAUCUCCUUUCUUGCCAUUGGAAUUUUUUGGUUUGGGUCUUACCUUCUGGAGCGGCAGGAAACAAACCAAACCUAAUUAUCUUUUAAGGCCUUUCAAGUCAGUGACUGUCACUGCCUCCUGCAGGAGCAAGUUUAACUGCGUGAAUUGUUCCAAUUUAACCACUGAGGUGCUCACAACCCUUGCUUUACUGUGGACAGAAAAUUCCCCAGGGUUUGGGAAAGGCCACUGGCCCCCCAAAAAUGUUGUGUGGCUGCCUGUCUCAGGAGGCAGUGCUGUGGCUCUAAAGCAGGUGUUUGUGUGUUGAUUUCUGUGGCUUAUACCAGACAGAAAUUCUGCUCCAUCUCAAAGAAAUUUAAGUGGAGGGACUGCCUGGUCAAACACUUCAUAGGUACAGUGGUGCCUCGCAAGACGAAAUUAAUCCGUUCCGCGAGUCUCUUCAUCUUGCGGUUUUUUCGUCUUGCGAAGCACGGCUAUUAGCGGCUUAGCGGCUAUUAACGGCUUAGCGGCUUUAAGAAAAAGGAAACAAACUCGCAAGAACUCGCAAGACGAAACGCAAGCCCAUAGGGAAAUUCGUCUUGCGGAACCACUCAAAAAACGGAAAACUCUUUCGUCUUGCGCGUUUUUCAUCUUGCAAGGCAUUCGUCUUGCGAGGUACCACUGUAACAUCAUCAAAUGGGAACUGAUAGUGGGAUUCUUGGGGGGGGGGUGUCUUUUGGAAUCAGCUUUGAAGGGUGGGAGGCAAUAACUGAGCAGCUCCAAGUGGUCCCCUUAGAACCAAACCUGGCAGAAAGCAGGAAAAUUCCUUUAAAAAGGGGGGAGCGUCUUUUCUCUUCUUGCCUGUCCUUCUCGCCACCUCCAGUUCACAGCAAUUCCUCUCCUUUGUCUUUUCCAGAAGACUCUCUACUGGAAGCUGCACGGAUCAACAACAUUUCCGAAGUGGACAGGUGAGCCCCCUGAAUUCAGCCCUGCUGGUGCGAGGGGUGGCCGGGAGAUGUCUGCUGGUGGCAUGCAGCCUUCUUGGGAGAAAACACUAGUGUGUGCGGUCUAAACAUUAUAUCUAUAUAACCUCACAAAUUUUAUAUACUACUUGAUUGUAAAAAAACCCCCCAACAACCACCACUUCAAAGCAGUUUGCAAAGAGAAUAAAACUGUAAAACUGUCAGUAAAGACUGCUCUUUAAAAUAUUCAAAAGAAAAAAUCAGCCAUAAACUAAAAAAAAAAAUUAAAAGCACACAUCAACAUGCCACGUGUUUGAGUAGGCUUGUCUAAACAAAAAUGUUUUUAGCAGGCACCGAAAAGGGUACAGUGUGAAGGUCCCUGCAGGGAGUUCCGGAUUGUGGGGGCUGCCACGCGACAGGUUGUGGAAUGAUGAUUCUGCAGAUAUAUUUUCUUGAGGCCAAGGGUCGAGGUCCGUUUGUUGAUGUACUGAUGGGCUUUCUCGAGGAGAAACUAUGGAAGUUGCCCCCACAGGGGGCAGUGAUGGCCACCAACCUAGAUGGCUUUAAAAAGAGGACCAGGCAGAUUCAUAGAGGAGAAUAAUGCUAUCAGUGGCCACUAGCCAGGAUGGCUGCGCUCUGCCUCUAUGAUCAGAGGCAGAAAUGCUUCCGAAGACCAGUUGCUGGAACCACAGGAGGGGAAAAUGCUCUUGUGCUCAGAUCCUGCUUGCUGGUUUCCCACAGGGAUCUGUUUGGCCCCUAUGAGAGCAGCCUGCUGGACUAUAUGGGCCCCGUUUGGUCCGAUGUAGCAGUUUCUUCUUUUGUUCUUUUGCUUUAGAAGUGACAUCUCUGCAUCUGAAUAUUAUUAUUAUUAUUAUUAAGCAUGCCCCAGAGCUUGAUUUCCUACGUUGGGCCCCCUUCCCCCCCAAAAAGCAAGGUGUUAGCAGUUGUUUGUGAGGGAGAGGCCAUCUGUAAAUGCUUAGGGGUGUUCCCUUCGCCACAGUUCAGUUUUCCACACCCUCAGCAGCUGAGUGCCUUGUGCCCUCGUGCUGGGGUGUUCGAUUAAAACUCUCCAAGCCAUGACUGGAACUGGCAGAGUGGCAUAUUUGUGUGGUAUAUGCCCACCUUGCACUUUGCCCUGUUCAGAUCAGCCUUCAUGCCCCCUGUUUUGUCCAGGGUCUUCUACAGCCCAGCGACCAGGUCUCUCCCCCUCCCCUGCGCCACAUAACCCCCUCUCCUCUCUUCCCUGCGCCCCCGAACCUCUUCCCAGCCUGCCUCAGGAAAUGGCUUCCUUGUGCCCAACGCAGCCGAGGUCUGGCCUGCAUCAACGCUCCUGAUGGGCAGCAAACUGGGCCCCUGGCAGUAAUUGCAGGAAGCGGCCUGAUUAUCUUUGAGUCAGCCCAGGUCUCCGGGCCUCCUUCCCUCCCACCUCCUUGCUUCGGCUUCAUGUUCCCCGCAGGCGAUUCUGGAAAUGCUUUCGGCCACUUGUUCAAACCUUCGGAUGGCAUAUAAUUUGGGAAAUGGGACAGACCACAGCUGAGAGGUGGACGGUCUGCCUUGCCUGUCGAAGGUCCCAGGCUGGCACUGAGGUGAGAUGGUGCCAGCUUGGGUUUCAAAAUGCCUCCCCAGAUCCCCUUGCUCCUGUGAGCUGGCCUGGGCUGGACGAUGUGCUCUGGAAGUCACCACUGUGCCCUCAUGGGACACAGCAUCCAGCCAUCCCCUCUUGCACUCGGAAAAUAGUGUGGGCUCGAGUUAAGCUAGCAGCAGGAGAACAGUAAUGCUUUAAUGUUACAUGUCUAAGAUAUCCAGAAAUUACUGUAUUUUUCUGUGUAUAAGACACCCCCUACUUUUGGGGACCGCAAAUUUAGAAAAUGGGCACAUGCACUGUCCGUGUAUAAGACGCCCCCAGAUGUUUAACCUUAUUUUAAAGUCUUAUACACGGAACAAUACGGUAAUCUUCACCAACAUUUGCAGAAGCUGGCAUUGGCUCUCCCUGUGAUACCAUUCUGCCUGCCUUGUCCGCCUGCAAGGUCAGGGCUAUACAUAGAUGUCACACACUAGAAUAUUCACCUUUACCUCUCUGAAGGGCUGUCACAUGGAAGAUGGACCAUCUUGGCUGUGAGUCCUGGAGGACUUGCUCCCUGACUUGCAGGCCUAUUUCUACCUGGCCUGGGCGGCAGGGCCUGGACUGACUCCAGCUACAAAAGCUGAGGCUGCUGAACAGACUCUUGCGCUGGAGUGUUGGUUAGGGGUUUUCGUUGUUUUCUUGUUGAUAUUAAUUUUUUGUAUACUGUAUUUUUAGAUCUUACGAUUUAUGUGGAAAUUGUUCAGUUCGGUUGGGCGCCUUUUGGUGUGGUUUACUUAUUGUUUAAGACUACUGGUCUAAACCACGGAGCCUAGGGCUUGCCAAUCAGAAGGUCGGCAGUUCAGAUCCCUGCGACGGGGUGAGCUCUCACUGCUUGGUCCCUGCUCCUGCCCACCUAGCAGUUCGAAAGCACGUCAAAGUGCAAGUAGAUAAAUAGGUACCACUCCGGCAGGAAGGUAAACGGAGUUUCUGUGCGCUGCUCUGGUUCGCCGAAGCGGCUUAGUCAUGCUGGCCACAUGACCCGGAAGCUGUACGCCGGCUCCCUCAGCUAAUAAAGCGAGAUGAGUGCCGCAAUCCCAGAGUCGUCCGCAACCGGAUCUAAUGGUCAGGGGUCCCUUUAGCUUUUAUUUCUGUUAUAUUUGUAAUUACAUAAAUAUUUUUAUUUUGUAAGCCACCUUCAGCAUAGCUUUAAGUAUUCAAAGGCUGCAUACAGUUAAAAUGAUGGUGAUGAUGCAAGCUUGUUUUCUGCUGCUGCAGGUGGGAGAACAUGCAAGAAAGGAGAUUAUGACUUAGCAUUAGGACGAACUUUCUGAGGGCAAGAGCUAUUUGACAGUAGAACGGAUUACCUCGGGAGCUCAUUGACUCUCCUUCCUUGAAGGUUUUUAAACAGAGGUUGGGAGGCCACCUGUCAGUGGUCCUUUAGCUGCAAUUCCUGCAUUGCAGGGUGUUGGAAUAGAUGACCCCUGAGAGUCCCUUCCAACUAUGCAAUUAUAGGAUUACUGGGCUUUCGCUCUUGGGAUGAAAGCAGUGGAGGCAAAUGGGCCGAUUAGACAGGCCGUUUUUAGGAAGCUGGCCCUGUUUUUCUCCCUUGAGACCAUUAUGUUACUGGUGUGUGUGUUUAGGGGGUGGGAAGGAUCUCAUUCUGUAAGUGUUGCAAACCUCGAAGGACCUCGCAAAGAAGUCGAAAGUUUCCCUAAAGCCCCCCCGGCUGUUAAACAGUAACAUCUGGGGACGGCGGGUGGGGUGUGGGGAGAGGGAGAGAAGUGCUGUUUAACUGGCCUCCGCUGCUGCUGGGGACAGAAGCUUUUGUUGUGGCCAAAAGUUCAAGUUUCCAGCUUCCUCUUCCUCCACCUGUCAGGAAGGCCCGGCUCGCAGGCGCUGAGCACAAACUCAAACAUGCCCUGUGGGCUCCCGGAGUCGCUCACCCAGAACUCCCGGGCUCGGAGGCCUGAAUAGAAGCCCCAUAUGUUCAGCGCGGGAAGGGGGUGUGCAGAGAGGGGAGCCGAGUGCCUAUGCUGCAAUAGGAGAUGCCCAAAGCCAAAGGAAUCACUAGAUCAGCUGCCUUCUUUGCUCUGAAAGUGGAGGGCAUCCUUCUUUCGCUCCCCCCGAAGAACAAAUUUAUCCUCCCUGAGAUGCAUCCCUUCUCUUUCUCUCUCUCUCUCCCCCCCCCAUUAGUGGGGUGGUUUUUGUAUCUUCCAAAAGGCCCCUGGCCAGAAAGUCCCCUCUGGAAUGUUGGGGGGUUCUCACCAUAAACAAGGAAGCAUGAAUUUGGCAGGCUCCUGAAGCUUGGAUAAGGCAUUGCAGCAGCGCUUCUGAAUACAAGUUACUGGAGAGCCCACAGGAGAGGAGAGUUGCUCCUGUGUUCGAAUCCUGCUUGUGGGUUUCACACAGGCAUCCGGUUGUCCACUGUGAGAAGAGGAGGCUAGGCUAGAUGGGCCGUUGGCCUGAUCCAGCAAGCUCUUCUUACAUUCUUACGAGUUGCACCUUCCCAGUUUAUCCUAGUCCGGGGAGGCAGGCAAACCAGCCUCUCUCUUCCAUGGACUGCGUGGUAACAUUCUCGGGUGGGGACGUUUGUACUUCCGUCAGAUGAGGUUGUCUUUCAGAGGCUAAUGAUGAUAAUAGCAUUUAUAGAAUGCCAUAGACUAUCCAACUAAUUUUGCACAGUGUCCUGUCAUAACUAUUACAAUGGUUUGUGGAAUGCUCUCCCCGGGGAGGUUCGUCUGGCACCAUCAUUAUACCCCUUUAGGUGCCAGGUGAAAACAUUCCUCUUCAAACAGGCCUUUGCCUGAUGAUGAGCCAAUACCCUUGUAAAUGCUGGCUUCUGGGGCUGAUGGGAACUGGAUGGUUCCCAGGUCUCUGAGCCGUGCUCUCCAGGGCUCACUUUCUAGUCCUGCACAUGAAAUUUCAAGUUUUCAACUCUUUCUGUAAAUUUGCAAUGCUCGUAUUUGUGGGACAGGAGACACUGAUGAGAUUUAAUCUUCCACUUUGCAAAUUCCUGGCUGAACCUUGUGUUGCUGCUCUGUGAAGAUGCACCUCUAGGUGUCUGUGGAUGAGCAGCUCUUUGGGAGCCAUUCAGCCGAGUGCCUCAGGUGUUGUUUGGUUAAAAUGCGGGUAAACAUCCUUAAAGAUUGAUCAGAGAAUUUUAUUUAAUUAACAAUAAAAUACCCCUGCUGGUAAAUACAUUUGGUUGUCUAGGAGCUGAGCAGUGGUCGUCGCUCUAUUGAUUUGUUGUGAUUAAAUCAGGCUGGGAAUAUAUUAAUGAUGAUCACGAGUGCCCCGAACAUAAAGUUCAGCCAUUUCACAAAGCUGCUAAGUUGCUCAGCACCAAUGUGCUGAUUUUAAAAAAUGCCCCUAAUUGAAAUGUCGAUGCACGCUGUGCUCCUCGCGCUGCGGUCACCCUGCAUUCUGACUUUCUCAGUUCAUCAUUCUAGAGGGCCUUAAGCAACUUGUGUCCUGUUCCCGAACACAGGCUCUUGUUGCUGACCGUAAUCAGUGAGGGCUUUGUGGCCUCAUCUUGCUCACUCUGGAGCACCUCCCAUGUCCCAGAACAGGCACAGUCCUUAUGAUGCCCCAUCCAGAUGUUGUAUUCCAGCUCUCAUCAGCCCCAGAGAGGUCAGGUGUGAUGGUCAGGUGUGAUGGAAGUUGUAGCUUAGCAGUUUUUGAGGGAAUUGGGUUAUGUUUCGCCUGGAGAAGAGAAGACUCGGAGGUGAUGUGAGAGCCAUCUUUAGAUAUCUGAAAGGCUGUCACUUGGGGGAAGAGGCAAGCUUGUUUUCUGCUGUUCCAGAGGGUAGGACCCAGAUUCAAAUUAAUCGAAAGGAGAUUCCAACUAAAUACUUGGAAGAACUUUCUGAUAACAUGAGGUCUUGGACGGUGGAACGGACUUCCUCAAAAGUUGGUGGACGCUCCUUCCUUGGAGGUUUUUAAACAGAGGUAGGAUGGCCGUCUGUUGGGGAUUCUUUGGUUGUGAUUCCUGCAUUGCAGGCAGUUGGACUAGAGGACCCUUGGGGUCCCUUCCAACUCUGUGUUUCUUUAAUAUCUGGAGGGCCACAGAUUAACCGCUUCUGCUGUAAGAGCAGUGAGCAAUCAGCCAGCCGCUUGUUGGGAAUUGCUUUGCUGUGACUCAUCUUGUCCUUUUAAAAAUGGUGUUACCUGGGCUGCUUCCUUGUCCUUCUGUGGAACAUGCUUAUCCUUCCUGUUCAAGGCAGACAUGGGCCCUGCCACUUCUGGAGUGGGGUAUUUCCUUUUUCCUUUUCAUGGCUCAGCUUUGAGCCUUCAGAGCUUUGAGUUCUGCCUUCUGGCUCAUGAACGUCCCCUGGUGCUAAGACCAGAUGGGCGGCAUCCUGCCCUGCAAGAGCAUUGCCAGGUGAGACCUCGCAGUGGUGGCAGCACCUUCUCCCAGGACUCUUUGCCGGAGGUUCCUCUUGCUAUCGGCUUUCAACAUCAGGUCAUCACAACACCUUCCCAGUUUUAAGGAGGCUUCUGGAGAGAGAGUGCAAAGAUGACUGCUGGUCAUCUUGGGCUUAAUUCGUUUGGGAUUUAUACCUGGCUUCAUGGUGUUUUUGCAUUUUGGUUGGAUUUUACCCAUUAGCUGGUUAGAAGUGCAGCUGAUAAGAGCAAUCGACGUACAAUUCAAAUAGCAUAAAACACAACAACUGCAUCCCUUGGCUUGUCGAGUUUCUAUGUUUAUCACAUGUCAGGGCCCAGAGGCAGGUUCUGUGGUCCAGCGGAAGCAGAGUGUUGAAUCUCAAAGGCAGCAACUGUCAAUCUGAAGGAGCAGAGGCAGGAAAAAUCAUAAUCUGGUGCAGGCAAGCUGGCGGUCUGGUUUCCAGCAGGCAGCUGCUUGAGAGAAAGCUGUUUCCAGAGCACCUACUUUGACUGGCAGAUUGCUCAGACUGAGGAGCCAAACCAGAGGCAAGCUUAAAUGAGGCUGGUCUUGCCCCUAUUGCCACUCCAGGCAUCUGGUCCAGUUGAGCUGAUGAGCUGCAGUACUGCACUCUGGCCAUUAUUUAGGGGGGCGCUGCAGAGUAGGAGGGGUCAGGCCAACAGCUUCCUUUCCCUGAGAGCUGCCCCCCAUUGCCCCAGGAAGGAAGGCCCCUACAUAUUGCUACCAAACACCCUGGUUUGAGUCCCCUAGCAUCUUCUGCCUUCGAGUCAGUGCCCCAUUCUUUGAGUCGGUGCAUUUGAGCCAGGAAAGGUGUCCUGUUUGCCUACCACGAAGAGGUGGGAAAUUGGGGGGAGGAACAGAUCAAUAAAUCCUCAGACUUUUGUCAUGCCAAAAUUUUGUGAGCUGAGGAGAAAAAUGGAGGGUUGGCUUCUUUGAUGAUGUUCAAAGAAGGGAAGAGAGAAAAAGAAGCUUUCUGUGAGUGGUUGGACAGGCAAUACAGUGGUACCUUGGGUUAAGUACUUAAUUCGUUCCGGAGGUCCAUUCUUAACCUGAAACUGUUCUUAACCUGAAGAACCACUUUAGCUAAUGGGGCCUCCUGCUGCCACCGCGCCGCCAUAGCACGAUUUCUGUUCUCAUCCUGAAGCAAAGUUCUUAACCCGAGGUACUAUUUCUGGGUUAGCGGAGUCUGUAACCUGAAGCGUCUGUAACCCAAAGCGUAUGUAACCUGAGAUACCACUGUACUGUCAAGGGAUAUUCUCUCCCCAUUUGAUAUAUUGAAGGCUCCUGUUUGUAAGAGUAAGGAAGUAGUUUGUUUUUACAUUUUUAUCCCUCAAUUAUUUGAUUUCAUCUUGCUUAUAUCUCUUUUAAUGGUAACCAAUAGAAUAGAUGUUGUUUUUAAAAAGCAGAGUGCUUUUGCGUCUGCAUGUGUGUGUAUAAACCUUGAAAGCCUUGUAAACAUGAACAAUGAUAUUAAACUCAAGUGCCUCUUCUUGCAUUGAGCAUUGUUUAAACUUUUAUAGCCAAGGCUGGCCCAAAACAUUUUGCUGCCUGAGGCAAAGCAGCAAAUCUCCCUCCUUCUCCACCUAUGUGGAAGUACAACAUAGCCAUUGUGGUUUGUGGCCACAAUGGAGCCUUAUCCUCCAAGAAUAUGGCUAUUCAUAUUCUGAAGCCAAGUUGGCGGCCAUCUCUGCAUCGGGGGGGGGGGGAUUCCGUUGCUUAACUCAGCACUGUACAAAGAAGUGAAUUUUGUCUGUCCUGAAUCUUCAAAUACUCAGCUUCAUUGGACAUCCGGGAGAUCUAGUAUUCUGAGAGAGGGAGAAAAGUGUUUCUCAACACUGCAUAAUUUUAUACACUGGAUACUUUAGUUGAGAUUCCUGCAUUGCAGGGGGGUUGGACUAGAAGACCCUUGGGGUCCCUUCCAACUCUUAAGAGUCUAUAAUUCUGUUACCUCAACCUCUCACUCGCGUAUUUUGUAAACUAAAAAGCCCCAAACGCUGCAGCUUUUGGGGGAGUUACUCCAACUCAUUGAUCAUUAUGAGUGGUCUUUUCUGAACCUUUUCCAACUCCACAAUCUCCUUUUUGAGGUUGGGCGAUCAGAACUGUAUGCAAUAUUCCAAAUGCGAUCAAACGGUGGAUUUGCCUUUUUUGCGGCUCCUCCUUGAGAGGCCAAUGGUGCAUUCACCUUGCGCUCAUACAGAGUCACCAAUGCCUCUGGAAAGCACAGCAGUAACAGCAGGGAUCAGGGUGAGAGCCAGUGCAGUACAGCCUGAAGUAACCCUAUAGAACUGUAUAGAGCAGGCAUGUCCAACAGGUCUACCGGUAGAUUACUGGCCGUCUGUAGUAGAUCACUGGUAGAUCACUGCCUCCCCCCAAAGAAGCUCAACAACUUUGGCUUCCCUAAAGAAAACUCAAUAUUUUUGCCCUGCACCCUCAGAAAUCAAGGCUUUCCUUUCCUCCUUCUUUGACCUGAACCCCUAAAAAGCAGGCCUUCCUCCUUCCUAAAAAAAAGCUUCAACAACUUUGACCUGAACCCCAAAAAGGGGAUAGAUCACUGCCAGUUUUUAACACAGAGUAGAUUGCAGUCUCUUGGGAGUUAGCCACCCCUGGUGUAGAAUUACGGGAACAGACCUCUGAGGGGUGAAUCUGCCUAGGAUUGCCCCGGUGAUAUGUAGCGUGAUGGGGACCAGCAAAGCUAAGGACGGCUUUUGGUCGGGUGGUUGGAGGACCUUUGGAGAGCUUCCAGAUGGAGCAGGGGUGUGGGUUUCUGCCGCAGGCGAUGCUGCUUUGAGCAUGGGCCAUGCAGCUGCAAGGCGCUCUCUGGUUACUCCGGUAAACACAGCCCUGUCUGCCCAGUUGACAUCCAAUCCGGGCCUCCCCCAGGCUGAUGGAGCUCGCGGCUGCUCAGCCCGUCACUACAGGUUCAUUUCCUCUUUUUUUUUUUAGUAGGCAAGGGAGAAUCUGUUUGGCUCGAGCACACAGUCCUCUUGGGGUGAUGGGCUGCACAGAAUGUGAAUGGGCAGUCCUCAGAAGACAAAUGGCGCAGCGCAGAACUUGCCUUCCUCAUUCAUUGGGGCAGGCAACCUUUUCCCUUUGAGAGCCACAUUCCCUUGUGGGGAGUAGUCUCUUGGGGGUUGCAUGCUGGCAGGGGAGGAGCUACAGUUGAAGGUGGGUGGGGCCAAAGUUAAUUCUGGAUUAAUUAGCCCAGAAUAAAGAAACCCCACCCCACCACCCCAGUUUUCAGCAUGGCUGCCUCAAAUGAAAUUCCCAGUCCUGGGCAGGCCUACUAAGAAGUAAGCCCCACUGAGUUUGAUGGGGUUACUCUCAAAUAAAUAAGCAGAGCAUUAUUUUUUCAGUUCAGCAGCCCGAUACAGCUACUGUUCAGGGAAGCGAGUGAAAGUAAUUCCAUCCCGACUUUAGUUUGAUAUACACAUAUAUGCGCGCGCACACACACACAUACAGAGCAGAAGUCUUUCUAUUCUCAGUCAGCUGGGAGACAAACUUCUUUUCUCCAAGCCAUAGCAUACAACUUAGAAAAUAGUUUUAAAAUAACAUCCAUUUUUGUCUAUAUUGCCUCUUCUAGUUGUUCUGAUAUUGUGCAUAUAGAAUAAGGGAAAAUGCAUUCAGAAGCCAGGAAAGCAAACAAGGAAGAAGGGAUUGGGAUGGGAGGGAGGGAGGGGUCAGCUACAGGUGUCUGUGGAUGGGCAGGUUGUUUAACUGAGUCAUAGAUGCUCCAUGGCUAACAGAUAUGCUUCCUCUCCCUCUUUCUCUCUGUUCAGGUUGUUGCAGGAAGGUGCCAGUGUGAAUGCCCGGCACAAACUUGGCUGGACAGCUCUGAUGGUAGCUGCUAUAAACCGAAAUUCAAGGUGUGUUAUUAAUUUUUCUUUGUAAAAAAGGUGCAUAUGACACCCACUCAUGUAAAACACCAAGGCAGCAUACAGCAAUAUACGCAAAUGCCAUCAAACAUACGACACAUUAAACAUGGUAGGAAAUGAUCCUUAAAAUGUCUGGCUCAUCUUGAAAAAAAUCAAGCAAUUGAACAAGCCUGAAUAGGCUUUUAAAGGGUCCCCCAAGAGGCAUCCAAAAGGUAGCAGCGAGGUUGCCCGUUGACUCUGCUGGAAAUUUGGUGUGCGUCACGAAGAGUCGGACACGACUAAACAACAACAACAAGGUUUCUUUACCGCCUUUCUUACAGGAGAUUCUGAAGGCUAUAUACCAUUUAAAACAAUUGAACUGAAUAAAAUGGAAACAACAGAUACAAGUAAUAAAGUAAUAAAAUAGCCACAUAAUGGAAGGAAGACCUCAGCCUCCACAGGGCUGGUGAAGUAAACAUGUAUUGGGUUGUGUCCAAAAGAAGGUGAGCAGAGAGGAUAAUUGGACCGUGAUUUUGGCAAGGGGGGGGGGGAAAUGCCACAGUCAAGGAGCUGAGCUGGUUUUGGGGAGAAAACCAUUUGGCUUCCACUUCCUCCAGAGUGACUUGAAGUCGGUUCAAGUUCUCACCCAGCUGAGAAUGCUCUUCUUGUUGCAGUGUCCUGCUUUGAGCCGAAUGCACAAAACGUCUAGCAGCAGGACAUGAAUAGAGAAGCCCAGUUUGGGGCGUUGUGUACUCCUGCAAUGAAUGGUGGUUUGGGUGCGUCCUUGCCCAGCUCCCACCCAUUCCAUUCCAUUGCAGCCCCUUCUCCCCCCUUUCCACUUUUCAGCAGCAGAGUGUCAAAGGGUGCAAAACAGGGCAUUGUUAAACUAUGGAGGGUGAUUGGUGGCAACGGUUGGCUUUAAAAGAGGAUUUGGAAAGUUUACGGGAGAAUAAGUCUAUCAGUACUUACUAUCCACGAUACCUAUACUCUGCCUAAACUGCAGUAUGCCUCUGAAUACCAGUUGCUGUUGCACUCAGGUCCAGCUCAGAGGCUUCCCAGAAGAGGCAAUGGGUCAGUGACUGGGAGAACAGGAUAUUGGACCAGAUGGGCCUUUGGCCUGACCCAGCAGCCGGGCUCUUAUGAAAGGCUUUUCUCCUUUGAGGAUUUGUAGGUUGUUACCUGCUCUGCGCAGGAUACGGGUGGCGCUGUCGGUUAAACCACAGAGCCUAGGACUUGCCGAUCAGAAGGGUGAGCUCCCGUUGCUCGGUCCCAGCUCCUGCCAACCUAGCAGUUCGAAAGCACAUCAAAGUGCAAGUAGAUAAACAGGUACCGCUCCGGCAGGAAGGUAAAUGGCGUUUCCGUGUGCUGCUCUGGUUCCCCAGAAGCGGCUUAGUCAUGCUGGCCACAUGACCCGGAAGCUGUACGCCGGCUCCCUCGGCCAAUAAAGCGAGAUGAGCGCCGCAACCCCAGAGUCAGUCACGACUGGACCUAAUGGUCAGGGGUCCCUUUACCUUUACCUGCUCUGCGCACCAACACUAGAACUCAUGAAUAUCCACUGAAACUGAAUGUUGGAAAAUUAAGGCAGAUAACAGGAAGGACACCAACAUGGAUGGCUUUGAAAGAGGGAUGGACAAAUUCACGGAGGAGGGGGUGAUUCAUGGUUGCUAGCCAUGAUGUCUAUGGUCUGCCUCUCCAGUUGGAGGCAGCAGUGCUUCUGAAUACCAGUUGCUGGGAGCCACAGGAAGGGGGUGCGCUCUUGUGUUCAAAUCCUGCUUGCGGGUUUCCCAAUGUGGUAUCUGGUUGGCCCCUGUGAGAAGAGGGUGCUGGACUAGAUGGGCUCCUCUUGUCUUCUUAUGUUCUUAAGGCUUCAGAAAUAGGGUGGGUUAGAAAUCAGAACCUCGUUAUUCAUAGCAUAGGAGCAGGGUAGGCUUCUGCAGGUCCACCCACGGGGUUCCGUUGCCUUGCUUUUUCCUGCCGGUCUUUCUUUGCCUUUGUGUUUCCUGUCCUGCCUUUCUGGGCCGAAGGAGCCUCUCUGCCCUAACAUCCCUUUAGUUCCCAGGACAAUCGCCGUGUCUCCUUGUAACCUUUAAAGGCAGCUCUUCAAUGCGUUCAGUCUACAACUAAAUUCAAUUAGUUUUCUUAUUUAAAGAUGGAGUGAAAGAGGGCGGGGGGGGAGAGAGAGAGAGAGAGAAAUCCAAUUUUCGGAAACGUGGGACAGCCAGUUGGAAUGGGCUUUGAUGUUACAACCUCUCAGGGGCGCUUUACUUAGUCACAAGUUCAUAAGCAAAAAAGGCCUAAUUAUUUGGGAAAACACAGGAUUAAACGGGCUCACAAAGGCCGAAUAUCCGCUCUCGGGCGACGCGAUACGAAUCCAUGUGCCGAGUUCGUGUGUGGUGCAAACUUUGAUGUGUGCUAUGACAAGCUGAAAGUCGUGACCCCCUCGGGGAGCUCCUUAAGACAGGCCAAGAGGCAGGGGGUGGACCCUGGGGGUCUGUUUGUUUAACUUUGAUGUCCGAGCAGGCAACGGGCUCCCUUGUUGGAGGGGUGGGUUGAGCGCCCCCCCCCCGACCUUUGCAGGUGGACAAUGGCCAGCGGUGGAGUGUGACGAUUGUUGACCAUUCCGAGUGGCUGGUGGACCAGAACAGGGUUUCGGGAGAAAGGCUGUUCAUGGUACAAUAAUUGCCCCAGAUGGUUCCUCGUCCCAGCCUUUGCCCAGUGUUAAGCCUUUUAUCUGCAAGAGUGGCUGAAGCUCCGACUCUGUGCUCGCCUGCCUGCCGGGUGCAGAACCAGUGUGGUUUCUUGGUUAAGGCUUGGUACAAAAUGUUUGUGGGAGUGGCGGCUUAAUCUAAUUUCUUUCUUUUUAUAAGAAAGGUCCUUGGAUAAAUGGCUCUCAUUGGGGCCAGCCUCUGAGAAUAUACAGUGGUACUUCGGGUUAAGUACUUAAUUCGUUCCGGAGGUCCGUUCGUAACCUGAAACUGUUCUUAACCUGAAGCACCACUUUAGCUAAUCGGGCUUCCCGCUGCCGCCGUGCUGCUGCUGCGCGAUUUCUGUUCUCAUCCUGAAGCAAAGUUCUUAACCCGAGGUACUUCUGGGUUAGUGGAGUCUGUAACCUGAAGCGUAUGUAACCUGAAGCAUAUGUAACCCGAGGUACCACUGUAAUCUGAGGUCCAGCGCCGAGGGCCUUCUGGCGGUUCCCUCAUUGCGAGAAGCAAAGCUACAGGGAACCAGGCAGAGGGCCUUCUCGGUAGUGGCGCCUGCCCUGUGGAACGCCCUCCCAUCAGAUGUCAAAGCAAUAAAUAACUACCUGACAUUUAGAGGGCAUCUUAAGGCAGCCCUGUUCAGGGAAGCUUUUAAUCUGUGAUAUUUUACUGUAUUUUUUGUUUCUAUGGAAGCCGCCCAGAGUGGCUGGGGAAACCCAGCCAGAUGGGCGGGGUACAAAUAAUAAAUUAUUAUUAUUAUUAUUAUUAUUAAUGAGAAGCUGAUGAAGUCAGUGUCAUAGUUUCCCCUCUUGCAGUCAGAGGAUAAUACAGUGGUACCUCUGGAUGCAAAUGGGAUCCAUUCCAGAGCCCCGUUCACAUCCUGAAGCGAACGCAACCCGCGCAUGCGUGGGUCGCGAUUCGCCACUUCUGCGCAUGCGCGUGACGUCAUUUUGAGCGUCUGCGCAUGCGCGAGCUGCAAAACCCAGAAGUGACGCACUCCGUUACUUCCGGGUCACCACGGAGCGUAACCUGAAAACGCUCAACGCAUUUAACACGAGGUAUGACUGUACAGAGGCAUUGCCCUGAUUCUCAUUCUUCCAGUUUCCCUGGGCCUGGAGCUCUCCUUGCAAGACACACCUUCCGUUUACUCUAAGGGACCUCCGUUUGAAAUGGACCUCAAGAGGUUUGCAGCCUGGUCUAUUACAUAGUUGUAUUUAAUAUAAGGCAGCCUUCGCCAGCCUGGUGCCCUCCGGAUGUUUGGGCCAGCUGGGCUCGAUGGGAGUUGUAGUCCAAAACAUUUGGAGGGCACCAGUUUGGUGGCAGCUGCAGCUGCUUCGAGUUGUAUGUACGUCAGGGGCAAGCGAGAACCGUUUUGGGAAUUCCUGCUCCAAAUAGUUUAUUCAUGCACGUCACACGUCCCAUCUCUCAGUGGAAGUGCACAGUGGAAUAGGAGUGAUCCUCAGUUGCUGCAGCUGCUCCAGAGAGUGCAGACCUGGGUGGGAAUAGCUGCCUAGGCUCUAGAUUUUUGUUCGCAGGUAACCAGAGCUGUGGAAGCAACUGUAAGCAUAAUCUUUAGCAAUAAAGAGUUAACCACCUACCGUGUGCAUGCCUUUGAAUGGGAAGCACCCUUGAUACCUUCCCUCCAGAGCAGGAGAAAACAAGCUUGUUCCAGCUUCCAUGUGACAGCCCAUAAACCCUUCUAGGUUAGCGACCAUCAUUGCCUCUUGUGGGAGCAAGUUCUGUAAUUCAACUGUGCACUGCGGGAACAUGGACUUCACCUUUUUCUCCCUCUCUGUGUUGUGCUUGUCACUUGAGGUCCACGUUGACCACCGGCUGCCUUGAUCAACCAGAUCUGGCUGCUGCCGUCCAGAGGCCCUGGCUCAUUCUUCCAGCAAACUCCCAUUCCUUCUUUCCAGGGGGUUGGACUAGAUGACCCUCAGGGUCCCUUCCAGCUCUGCAGCUCUUUGAGUCUAUCAGUCCAGCUGUCGCGGCGCAAGCGUCCCUUCCAGCCCUUCCUCCCGAUCACGUCACCCGGCCGCUAACAGCAGAAAGCACUUUUGCCGUCAUCGAUUUAACUGCCUGGUGAACUUUAGUUAAAGGCUGCCCUCUGGGUCAAUGCAGAUUUUUAUAUAUGUGCAGAUGAGGAGGCUCUGCUGCUAAUGCAUUUAAGACCUGAUCAGCAAAUUAAAGGCCUAGUUUGUUGAGGCGAUUGAGCACCAGCUCAAUCACAAGUUAUUGAAACUCACAAGGCUGCCUGCUUCAUAAUGUAUUUAGUGAGCCCCUCUUAUGAGGGGCGGGGGGUGGGCUUCACUGUCUGUGUCACACACACACAUACACCAUGCAAAAGUCCCAAAGAGGAAACACAGUCGCUGUGGGACUCAGGGUCACUUCACACAUCACACAAGAACACGAGAGACCAGGAUGCCCCCUGUUUCCCUUUUUUAAAACCCCACGUCUGCUGUCUCUGUGCCAGGGGGCUGUGGUUUGUUUCCAGGUCCUCAUGCAAGCAAGCGCUCAAAGCCUCGGAUCCUGCAAUAGUCAUGUGCUGCACCCAUCUUUGCAGCCUGUGAGAUUUUGUGAUACGUGAAAUGGGACUUUGGGAAACAGUCACACCUGAAGUUAUCAAUGCCACUUUUGAAAAGGGGCAGAAACAUUAUUCACUUAAUUGAUGCAAUAAAUCAGCAGGAAUUCUGAUUGUAGAGUAAAAUUUGCAUCAUUCUUUGGGCUAGCCUAUCGAGCUGUUGAAAAGCUGGGACUCUGAAGUUUUGAAGGAAUAGCUCUUCUCUGAUCUAGCUGGCUGUAAUUUGGUAGGAGGAUUCUUGCUUUCUUGUUCUUUGUUUAAAAUAACUAAAUCUCUCUCUCUCUCUCUCUCUCUCUCUCACACACACACACACACACACACACACACAUUGUUUUAAUCACUUUGUUGUUACGAUCUCAUAACCCACCCACCUCCAAGGCCUGCCGAGUCCUGUGAUAGGAUAUAAAUACAAUAAAUGAAUAAAAAUGACUUUUUAAUGGCUAUUUUACUUCUCAGUCACCUUUGCAAAGGCUAAUUUGCUUGAAAGUUGGAGUAUGUUUUGUUACCUGCCAAUUGGACAGGGCCAAUCAAUAUCUGCAAUUGCUCAAAUGUCAGGCUGCCUCUGCGAAAGGGAACAGUGGUAAUGUGAGCUGCCUGGAGGGGAUGGCCUGCCAUUUUCUUGGGACAUUAGGCUGAAGGGCAAUUGUAUGUGAAGAAGACCUUUUAUAGCCUCUCCAUAGAUCAGGCUGUUCCUUCCACUUCCUGUUUACAGCAGUCCACGUCAAACCAGGCAUGGGGUGUGUGGCAUAGUAGGGGUGAAUCCAGGCCGUUUCCCAUAGACGCCUCGAUUUGGUUGGGCUGCCAUCACCGACAUUACCUAACUUCAGCCCGCUGAUGGACAUCCGCCCGGCGAUCAAUACCGACCGCGACGCCGGGAGUCGCGGCCGGAUGGUCAGGCCAGUGAGCCAAGGGGCAAUGCCGCAGAAGGAGGGGGCAAAGGCUCAUCACCGCACAUCCUCUUUCCAGGUGGCCAUUCUGGGCUGAGGCAGAAUAUAGGGACAGCCUCGCUGGAGCAGACCAUAUCUUGUCUUCUGUUUUCUCAGCUCCCAGCUUUGCUUAUUUGAAAGUGAGCCCCCUUGCCCACCCCAACAAUACCUUGCUUAACUCCUUCCCCAGAGAAGUUCAGGAACCAGGCAGAGGGCCUUCUCGGUGGUGGCACCUGCCCUGUGGAAUGCCCUCCCAUCAGAUGUCAAGGAAAUAAACAGCUACCAGACUUUUAGAAGACAUCUGAAGGCAGCCCUGUUUAGGGAAGCUUUUAAUGUUUAACAGACUAUUGUAAUUAAUAUUUUGUUGGAAGCUACCCAGAGUGGCUGGGGAAACCCAGCCAGAUGGGCAGGGUAUAAAUAAUAAAUUAUUACUAUUAUUAUUAUUAUUAUUAUUAUAUUAUUAUUAUUAUUAUUAUUAUUAUUAUUAUUAUUAUUAUUCAUUAUACACCUUUAGAUGCCAGACAGAAACGUUCCUUUUUAACCAGGCCUUUGGUUGAUCUGCUUUACAUCCUAUUCCCUUUUAAAAUGUUUUUUUUGGGGGGGCUAUUGGGUUGUUGUUGUUGUUUUUUUAAUUAUGUAUUUUGUGGUUUUAUAACUUGAUUUUAUUCUGUGAACUGCCCUUAGACCCCCGGGUAUAGGAUGGUGUAUAAAUAAUAAUAAACUAUAAUAAUAAUGUAUAUACAUUCAAUAAUAUAUAUAUGUAUAUUAUUUUCGAACAGUGUGGUAAAGCUUCUGCUCACGGCCGGAGCUGACCCAAACCUAGGAGAUGAGUUCAGCAGUGUCUACGAGACGGCCAAAGAGAAAGGGCUCCACUCCCUGGAAGGUAACGCAACACGGUUUGUUUGUUUUUCAUUUAUUUAUUUCAUAAAUAAUCUAUGUACUGCUUGAUUGCAACAAAAACUUCAAAGUGGUUUGCUAAAAGAUAAAAUAAAAUAAAAUCACAACUAUGCUUUAAAACAUACAAAAGUUAAAAUAGAUUAAACAGAUUAAAAAUGCCUCAAUUUUCUAAGCAUAAAUAAACUCAGGACCACCUGCUGAACAAUGGUUGAUGGUUCAGGACAGAAAAAAGAAAGUGCUCCUUCACACAGCACAAAGUUAAACUAAGGAAAUCUCUCCCAGAGGAGGCAGCGAUGGCCUCCUAACUUGGAUGGCCGUGAAAGGGGCUUAGACAAAUUCAUGGAGAAUAAAGCUGUUCACAGCCACUGCCUGCGAUGGUUAUGCUCUGCCCUCCAGUAAAUGCUUCUGAAUACCAGUUGCUGGAAACCACAGGAGAAGAGAGGAGAGGGCUGCUCUUGUUCUCUGGUUCCGCUUGUGGGUUUCCUGUAAUGGGCAUCUGGUUGGCCACUGUGGUGGGAACAAGAUGCUGGACAACAUGGGCCUUUGGCCUGCUCCAGCAGCUUCUUGUUAGGUUCUUACAUUGUCUGCCGUGGAUUCCUUUACUCUGCAGACCACCGCAUCUCUCCAACAGUUGUCAGGGCAACACACCAACCUCAGGCCCAGCACCUUGCAUUUCCAACCAAGUAGGAUGCACUCUUCAAACAUCCUGCCAAUUCUGGCAUGCAAAGGACGGCCUGCUGCAAAAGGCCACAGGCUGAAUGGCUCUGUCAAGGAGGUUAACACAAUCGCCGUGGCUGGUUUUUUGUUUGUUUGUUUUAACCCUAAUGUAAAAUCUGGAUCCUGAACUUGCAAAAAGAGAUGGAGAGAGAAAACCUUUGCUCUAAGGAAAGGGUGAGCUCCAGAUAAGGCCGGGGUUUAAACAAACAACUUUCAAUGCUGGGAGAAAUCCAUCACCUGAUUCUGGAAAUGUACCGCCUCCAAGCCAUGGGGACCACGAACGGCUUCCUUGGGGAGGGAGUUUCAAAGUUGCCUGGGAACAGCCACCACUGUGAAGGCCCUCUCCUCCAUCCCCACCAGGCAUCCCUGUGAGGGCAGUGGGACUGAGAAAAGGGCCUCCCCUAAAGAACUCAGAACCCAGGCAGGUCCAUAUUAGGAAAUACGGUCUCUCAGAUAGCUGGGACCUAAGCCAUAAAACCUUUGUGGUCUCUAAUAAUAGGUAAAGGUAUCAGUAGGUAAAGACGUCUAUUUUACCUACACUUGAGUAUAUAUUGCACAAUGUGGACCUAAAAGAUGCCAGAUUUCCCUUCCAGCUUACAUCUUGCCUUCUCUACCUGUAUGAUCUGGUCCAUACGUCCGCAACUUUCAUUUCUGCUGCUUUUCAGACAACUUAAGGUCUUACACAUCGCCUCAUUUUUCUCUCUGGCAGCAGCAGAACGGAAAUUUUGCAAAGGGCUUUGCUGUUCUCCAGCAAUGCCAUUUCUUUGAAUGCUAACCUGAGUUGCCAUUUAUUUAGGAAAGGCCAGUCAAGGUUAAAAGUCAGGGUCAGCAGAUCAAAUUUCAGAGCAAAAGAAAAAGAAAGAAGAGCACUUGCAGGCGUGGGCAGCAGGCUCUUCUCUAGCACUGAAUGCAAAACAACAUCUUAAACAAAGGAAAGCAUCUUCCUAGACUUUGUUUACAUCAAGAAUAUAUCAACUAAUGAAUUAAUUUGGUGGGGAGGGGCUGCGUCCUCUCCCUUUCCAUCUAUAAAACUUUUUGGCUGAGGAGGGGAGGAGUGAGAUAGCUGGAGUGGAGGAAAAUAUAGCCACUCAGAAGGAAGUUGCAUUAAUUUUGAGGGUGGGGGUUGACAUGUUUUAUUAAAAAGAAUAAAUUCAGCUGCAUUUUUUUGAGAGCAAGAGGGAGGGAGGGAGAAAGGAGAUUGUGCAUGUGAGAAAGAAAAACUGCCUUUGUUUUGCAGGGUUAUUUUUAACGAUUUGCAUAUUUUGUGUAUAAAUUUUUUUUUUUUCAUAAAAGCAUCCAAAUCAGGGGAGCUGUGCGGCAGGGCCGCCACGCGCAAAAUAUAUUACAGACAUUUAUAUGGAUGGCAGGGAGGGGAGAUGGAGAGCUGAAAAUUUCCAGGCUCCCCCGUGAUUGAUGGCAGGCAAGGCUCCCCUUGACGCUUUAUUGAGUUUCCGAUGAUUAUCUCUCGCGGAGACAUUUUUUACGGAUGACGGCCGAGCUGUCACGGCGGACCACGGGGGGAAAAGCAGCCCAACAAUAAUAACGCUUUAAUCUUUUUACUGCACUGCUCCCUAGUAUCUCAGAUUCAUCUUCCCUGACACCAGCCACUUGAUUAUCCUGCCCCUCCCUGGAUAGGCAAAGGAGAGCAGGGAAGCAAACAAACAAACAAACAAAUAAGCAAGCAUAUCUCAAUUCUCCCCCCCCCCCGGAAAAAAACACCCCCUACACAAAGCAUGGUCAUACAAAAGUCACACCAAUUGCUACUUCUGUAGGUGUUGAGGUUUAUUAGCAGUGAUGCCAGACAGGAGAGAACCCAGCUAUUAAUUACAAUAUUUUAGAUGUGGCUCCUUUUAUAACUUGGGUUUUUUUGGAGUGGGGGAGUGGAAGGCGGUGGUAGGAAGGCGCCGUAGACGCCGUUUGCUGCCGAGGAGCCGAUCUGAGCGCCUGUUCCCUGAUCCUGCUAAGCACUACUUGCCCCAAGAAUGGGGAGAGAAGGAAGGGCUCAACUUUGCAGGGAUGCCUCCGCUGCAAAGCUCCUGAGCCAAUUCCUGAGCUGGCUUAAGUGCCUCUGCUCUUCCCAGGAACCCCCUGGGGAAGGAGAGCCAACCAGAGAUCCCUUCACCCUUCUUAGAAUUCACUGGCUGUUGGGAGGGGGGCACUUGAAGGAGAGCCAGCCCACGGCACUUUCUCUGGUCUAACACCAGCGGCAGCCUUGCACAAGGGAUGGCGCCUGGGGAAGAAAUCACGGUCCAUCCUCCAGACCGUUUCCUUGUUUGAAGAGCAUCACAAGGGGCUGGGGGGGCGUGGCUUAGUGGUACCUUGCAUGGGUUGUGCAUGGGAAAGGCAGUAAAUCUGGAAGGGGCCUUGGGCAGCCACAGCGCUGGGCAGGGUGCUCUGACUUCGCUUAAAACAAUUCUGUGCAUUGUGUCCUUGUGUCUCUCUGCCCGUCUCCCCGGUCCAGGAACACUAAAGUCUUGAAUCAAGCAACAAGAAGUCUUUUGCCCCGGGGAUUUUAAUAAACCACUUGGGUUCUUUUUAUUUCAUUCAUUCAUUCAUUUUAUUUGUAUGCCGCUUUUCCAUCCAAAAAACAACAGCAAACCCAUUCUCAAAGCUGCUUGCAACAAAGAAACAGGGAUGCAUUUCCUACGAACUCUGCAAAAACAAUUUCAUAAUAUCGUCGUGAAACAAUAACAGCAACCAUAUCACAGCAUAGCAAAUCAAAGCAUACAAAAAAAACCCCACAUUCUAAUUCUAGAAAUAUAACAAGAUUACUUAAAGAACAUUAUUAUUAUUAUUAUUAUAUUAUUAUUAUUAUUAUUAUUAUUAUUAUUAUUAUUAUUAUAUUGAAUUUGUAUACUGCCCUAUAGUCCCAUGUCUCAGACCACAUUUUCAGAUCCGUUUCUGUAGCCAUGAGGACUAGCAGCAUUGAUUUGAUAUCUGCAGUCUUCUGCUCAGCCUACAAAAACACAUUAAUUCCGUCAGAUAUUUGAAGAACAACAGCAGAAGUAUACACAAAUCUUUUCCUGGAGGAGCAGGCUUAUCAGUGGCUAUGCCAUGGGUAGGCAAACUAAGGCCCGGGGGCCGGAUCCGGCCCAAUCGCCUUCUCAAUCUGGCCCACAGACGGUCCGGGAAUCAGCGUGUUUUUACAUUAGAAUGUGUCCUUUUAUUUAAAAUGCAUCCCUGGGUUAUUUGUGGGGCAUAGGAAUUCACUCACAUAUUUUUUUCAAAGUAUAGUCUGGCCACCCACAAGGUCUGAGGGACAGUGGACCGGCCUCCUGCUGAAAAAGUUUGCUGACCCCUGGGCUCUGCUCUGCCUCCACAGUUAGAAGCAACAAUGCUUCUAAAUGCCAGUUGCUGGAAGCCACAGGAAAGUUCUUGUGAUCAAAUCCUGCUUGCAGGUUUCCCACAGGCCUUUGAGAAACGGGCACUGGGCUCGAUGAGCUCCCUUUGGGCUGAUUCACCAGGACAAUACUUAUGUUCCUCUGAUGUCCCCUUCUUUGAGGACCACCUAGCUAGAUGUCUCAGCUACUUCUCCUCCAUCCGGCAGUGGCCAUGAUUCAUCUUCUCCCCCUGCCAUCCCCUUCCCUUUGCAGUUCUGGUCACACGGGAGGACGACUUCAACAACCGCCUGAACAACCGGGCCAGUUUCAAGGGCUGCACAGCUUUGCAUUAUGCUGUGCUGGCGGACGAUUACUCCACGGUCAAGUUGCUUCUGGAUGGAGGUAAGGGAAGAGCCGUCAUCACUGGGCGUGGGGAGGGCAAGGGGUGCCCGUUGCCCGCUGGAACUUUGGGCACAGAAUCUGAUGAUAGAGACAGCAAUUUUAGUCAGCAUAGUUGUUGCACACACACACAAAGGAAAGAAAAUGGCUUACAUUUUGUUUUUCUUUACAUAUAUUUACUACAUAGCAGGUAUAAUAACAGAUGCCAAAUAAAAUAAAAGUAGAAAAUAAUGUCUCGAAGUAAACAUAAAGGAACGAUACGAUAAUCUUUAUUGUCAUUGUCCCAUACAGAACAAUGAAAUUGAAAAAUCUACAUAAGACAUUCAAAACCCAACAAGCCUGCUAUCCCAGCUAACCCAACCUGGUUAGCCCCCUAAAAACUCUGAUACCCCAUUUUAAAAUACAAUAUACUCCCAUACAGACUCCUUACAAUGCGUUUAAAACCAAAAUCGCAUUUGGGUAGUAACUGUUUCUCAAGCGGCUAGUCCUAGUCUUUAUAAUCCUGUACCUUCUUCCAGAAGGCAGACGCUGAAAGAGAUCAUUUCCGGGGUGAGCCCUAUCCUGAACUAUCUCUGCAGCUUUCUUAUGGCACCUGGAAGCGUAGAUUUGAUCCAAGGUGGGAAGAGUGCACAUAUUUCCAUACCCGAAUCAAAAAUAAUAAAUUAUUAUCACAAGUUUCCAAGUAACACAAUUGGGUUUAUAUUAUCCUGCACCUUAUUAUUCCAAAACAUUAUUAAAAAAUUCUCAAUAAAGGCAUUGUCUUGAUGUCUGCCCUCUCAGCUUCUUGCCAUAUACCGUAUUUUUCGCUCUAUAAGACGCACCACACCAUAAGAGGCACCUAGUUUUUGGAGGAGGAAAACAAGAAAAAAAAUAUUCUGAUUGUCAGAAGCCAGAACAACAAGAGGGAUCGCUGCGCAGUGAAAGCAGUGGUCCCUCUUGCUGUUCUGGCUUCUGGGAUAGAUGAGCAGCCUGCAUUCGCUCCAUAAGACGCACACACAUUUCCCCUUACUUUUUAGGAAGGAAAAAGUGAGUCUUAUAGAGCAAAAAAUACAGUACGUAAGUUUAACCUUGCAUACCACGUCCCAGAUUUCAGUGCUCUAUUCUCACAUUUUCAAAAUAUUUAGUGGGGCCUCUGCUCUCCAGAGCCCCUGCAUAGUGCUGCUUCACUGACUCCUCAUCUCAGCCUCUUGUUCAGUAGGGACUUGUGGGUGCUGGAGAAGGCAGGCAGGCAGGCAGGCCGACCCCAAGGAGAGGGGGGCAGCUUCUGGUGCUCCUCUGAGCCCUGGCCCCACGGCAUUGGGAGAUUUGGAGCUUUGCAUGAGGGGCUCUUUUCAUGGAUGUUUGGGCAACUUGCACGCCAUUUUGGGGGGCUCCUUUCACGUGUGUUUGGAGAAGCUUUUAGUCAAACAGAAGCGAGGUGGGCUGGCGCAAGGGUCGCGACCUCCUCUUUAGGGCUUACUUAGUUUAAUGUGCUCGAGCCCACAUUCUCGAAGCCUAGUUUCCCAGGGAGACUCCCAACCUGUGGCUUCCCUUUGUCCUGAAUGUGGACGUCCUCCCGCCUGCCCGCCCGCCUGCCUCCCCCAGUGCUAGUCCUUACUACUAUUAUCCCAGCCCCCCAGCACCCCCCCCCAGUGCAUUCUUCGGAUUUUGUCCCAACUCCAUCGGAGUCUUGAUGGCCUUUUAAAAGCUCGCUGCCCUUUGUGAAGACAAUGUUGCCAUGUGCUGUGCCUUUGACAUUCGAGAGCUGGGCGCUUCCUCCGCGCCCGAACGGAACAGGCGCCCUUUGCCCUCUCCUUUACACUCUUCCCACACCUGCCUUUUUUCCAGAGUGCCCUCUGGUCUGGCCAACACUUCCUCCUCUGCUGGCCACUCUGCCCCCGGGGCCAAAGCCAUUAACCACCCAGGCUCCCCGCCUUCCCUUAAACAGCCACCUUGUCCUUCGGUGGGGGUGGGGGUGCUGUCCCUUUCAGCCCCCGCAGCCUGGCGAGAGGCAGCCUCCACCUCACUCCAUCGCCGUGGCCUUUGGCGGCCCCCUCGCUGAAUCACUUGACCCUUCCUUGUGGUCAGCCUGUCCGUGCCCAGCAGACCGCGAGAUGCGAGUCCCCUCUCUCUGUGGGCCGCUCGCGGGCUCCUGACCUGCGCUGACACCACUCAAUGGCCUGCGUGGGAGAAGAAGCGCCCGCCUCGCAAGGCACUUUUCAGGCUUCAUUCAGCCCAUUCCAUACCCGAUCGAUUCUUGGGUUUUGUGUUCCUUUUAUUGGCCCAAAAAGGAGCCCAAAGCAAGCAGCACGCGCAGGUUGGUGGGGGCUUAAUAAUGCACGCUGCCUUUUGAAAACGGUCGCUGCAUAUUAUUAUGGGGCUUAAAACUUUCCUCCACCUUCUUGCUCUGGGGCAUUUCGCAGCCAGAGAGCAGCAAUCCUUGGUGAUGGAAGGUGGAGGAAGAGGAGGAGGGUAGCGUGCCCUGGUUCUAUAGGGCCGAGUCCUUCCGCUUCUUCUGUGGCAAUGUCCCUGUCCCUUGAUGGAAUGAAUGGGGCAGCCAAAAUUAGCAAAGGGGUGGAGCAACUCCCCAGUGAAGAAAGGUUACAGCAUUUGAUUUGGAACUUUUUCACUGAGAGAAAAGGCGAAUAAGAGGGGUCGUGAUAGAAAUUUAUAAAAUUAUGUGUGGCAUGGCGAGAACAGAUAGAGAAAAGUUUUUGUCCCUCUCUCCUAACAUGAGAGAACUUGUGAACAUCUAAUGAAGCUGAAUGUUUCAUUCAGGCCUCUUAGCAGCAUAUUUCCAUGAAUGGAAAAUACCAGCGCCCUUGUCUCACCCCUGCCAUUUGUGCAGGGCAAAAGGCAGCAAGGACCGUUGUAUGUAGGCUCUUGCCCCAGCGCAGCGCUCGUCUCCGUCAUUCGCAUAGCAAAAGACUGUGGUCUGGUCCAGUGAUGUAGGUUGGGAUGAUUGCAAUGUUGGUGUCUCAUCAAACAGAGCUAUGGAGAGGUCAGGUGUGGGCACAGAAGGGAAUGUGAUGGAAGCAGCCCAGAGGACUCCUUAACAGGAGCACUGACAACCCCCUUUGCAUUUGCAACUUAUGAGUGCAAAUGCAGAACUUACAAGGUUGUUCAUUUCCAGUCUCCACUUCCAAACAGACCCCACGAUUUUGGUUCGGAAGAGGAUGUCGCGCUUGUCCCAGUGCAGUUGCCACUCUUUCUCCCACGUUGUGGGUUUGCCCUUAAAACAGAGGAGCAUCUGCCAAGGUCCUCUCCACCCACCCAGUCCCUGCUUCUCUGUGCCUAGAUCUCUCUCUCCCUUUCUCUCUCUCAUCCUGCUCAUAUUUACAAGAGAAUGUGAUAAAUUCCGUAUUGAUUCCUUCUGUUGCACUGUAAAUUUUGCAAAAGAUGAUUAAAUAGUGCAAUAGAGUCUGCCAGCGCCAGGGCUCAAUAUGUUGUGGGCCGGCGGUAUCGACCCCCCAUAUCUGAAGGCAGCGAGCUCCAACCCCAGCAGCCCCAGACCAGUAAUUAAACUCCGGCGAGACCGGGAUGUAAAAGCCAAUCUUGUCACGGCGUCGAGGGCUCCAGCGUCCCGACACGGGGAGCGCAAUAAGCGCCUGACCAGCAGCAGGUUUAUGUCUGUGUCGAAGCUUUUAAGAAUAGUUUCCCCACAGGGUGGGGAGCAAAUGGAGCCCUCGGAAGUCUUUCUGGGCACAGAGGUUUUCGCACUGACACGACCAUUUGUAAGACAUUUAAUAGCGCCAUAUAAAGGGAACGGGGCGGGGAAAUGUGUGUGUGUGUGUGUGUGUGAUAGGAGACAGACGUCACUGACUCUUUUGCACUUAUUUUUUCCUUGCUGCACACACGGGGCCAAGAAGGUUCACACAUUCGUGGCAGCAUAGGAGAGGAGGAACCGUACCGCUGUUAAGUGGGGAGUGGGGUCCGCAUGUCUGAAUUCCCCCUCAAAGAAAGAAGUCGGUGGCCCUGGAAAGUUAGGAGGAGGCUCAAGCCCUAAUUCUCCAUAACACACCGACUUCCCAUGUGCCAGGCUAUUUUUGACAUUAGAGAGCAACAAGAAUGUAAGAAGAUCCUGGUGAAUCAGGCCAAGUGGAUCUUCUCUACAACAUUUGACAGAAGGAGAAGUUAUCCAUUCAUGUUUGGGUAUCAGGCAUCCUGUUCUCACAGUGGCCGACCAGAUGCUUGCAGGAAAGCUGCAAGCAGGAGUCUAACACAAGAGCGCACCCACUUCCUGUGGCUUCUAGCAGCUGGUAUUCAGAAACAUCCCUCCAACUGUGGAGGCAGAGUAAUAGCCUUCAAUUGCCCUCUUCUUCAUGAAUUUGUCUACUUCUCUCUUGAAGCCAUCCAGGUGGGUGGCCAUCACUGCCUCCUGUGGCAGGGAGUUCCGUAGUUUAACUAUGUGCUGCAUUAAUAAGUCCUUUCUUUUAUCUGUCCUGAAUCUUCCAACAUCCAGCUUCCUUGGAUCUCCACAAGCUCCAGUGCUAGAAGAGAGGGGGGAAACAUUCCUCUGUCCAGUUUAUUUCUUUAAUUGAUAACUCAAGAGCAUAUGAGCAGUCCGGCUGGAUCAGGCCAAAGGCCCUUCUAGUCCAGCCUCCUGUUCUUACAGUGGCCAACCAGAUGCCGCAGUGGUAAAACCGCAAGCAGGAUUCGAGCACGGGAGCAUUCUCUGGCAAAUGGUAUUCAGAAGCAUUGCUGUCUCGAACUGCAGAGGCAAAGCAGAGCCCUUAUGGCCAGUAGCCAUUGAUAGCCUCAGGGGACUAGUGUAGUCCAGCACCUUGUUCUCCUAGCGGCCAGCCAGCUCAUACAGUCUGUUCCGCUUCUGGCCAUUUAAAAACCAGCUCAGAUGAAGAAAUCACACAGUACAUCCAGAAAACUUUCAGAUUCAAGCUUAUAUGAGGAUCUAAUGGGAGGGACUUUUACAAUUUUUGGCCGCUUUUGAAAACCCUCUCUGAGUGCACUCCUGGUGUGGAUAAUGUGUUGCAGUGAUGCUCCAGCAGAGAGAGUCUUCUUUGCUCACUGGCCUCCCUUAAACAGCAAGGUAGCAUAAGUGAAGUGCUUUGAGCAUAAGAACCUAAGAAGAGCCUGCUGGAUCAGGCCAGUGGCCCAUCAGCAUCCUGUUCUCACAGUGGAUGGUCAGGUGCCGUAGUGAGAAACCCACAAGCAGGAUUGAGCACAAGAGCAACUCUCCUUUCCUGCAGCAUGAAUUUGCCCAGUCCUCUUUUAAAGCCAUCUGGCUUAGUGGCGACCCCUGCCUCCUUGCAAAGGCAAGUUCUGUAGUUUAACUACGCAGUAUGUGAAGAAGUCCCUUUCUUUUAUCUGUCCCGAAUCUUCCAACAUUCAGCUUCGUGAGAUGUCCCCGAGUUCUAGAGCAAUUCUGUGGUGCUAUGUAGAUAAUGGUUGCUGUUAUGGAAAGAUUCCCUGAGAUCUGUGACUUGUUGCACCUUGGCUUCAGAAUGUAAAAGAGCCAGCACAAGGGUGUGGGCCCAGAAGAGGAGACCUCGGCCCUUUUGAAGGCGGCUUGAGGGUGCCCAGCACCCCAGGUGUCCCGCCCUUCUGAGCUCAGUUGUAUAAAUAUUCCAGGAAGUGGCUUUCACCUGUCAUGCCCAGCAAAGUGACAGGUGACACUUUGUCGUCGGUGGAGGUGAUUAGAACCAUGAGCUGUUGGCAGAGAGAGCUGGAUUUAUUGUGGCUGGCGCAGAGCUGCUGCUAUCUCCGUUUUUAAAAAGCUACCUGUGAAGUAUCUGUGCCGCCCCAUAUCAGAAGCACGUUUAUUUUACUGGAAAAAGGGUGAUCAUGUUAAUUCAAUCACGGUGAGGCUCAGGAGGACAGGAGUCUCUUUCUAUUACUUUAACUAGCCAUGUAGAGCAAUAAGGAUGUCAGGGCUUGUCAGAGAUGAUGGCUGAUGACACGGCGUCAUCCCUUGUACGGCUGUGAAGGCGGCUUCCUCCUGGCAAAGGCUGGACUGGCUGUUUUGGGGCUUGAAGUCAGUCCUGCUGACAGUAGGUGACAUUUCAUGCACUCACAGACUUCCGAAGUCCCACUGUGACUUCCAUAGAAGAAACCUUGCAGCCAGUUUAUUCCUUGUAGCUGAUGAAUAUAGUUGCUGCUUUGGAUAUCUCUCUCGCAUAGCAAUUUUUUUAUUUCUCUGCUUUGGAUAUCUCACUAGUACUGCAAUGAAAAUGAUGGCGAGAGGCUACUCGGGUCGAUGGAAUAAAGCAACAUUAGUGUGGAGACCCUACGGCUUUAAAGGACCAAGGGGGCAACCACUUAUGUGGCGGGUGGACGAUCUAAAACUAACAGCUGGUCUUAUGUGGGUACAGACCAGAAAGCAAUUGAGGGAACUUGGAAGAGAUGUAUAUCCCCUGUAAAGAGAGAGGAAAGGGAGCAAUUUUAUCAUGGAAGGGAAGUGCAACACAGUUCUUUCUAGAAUCACAGAGAUGGGGUGCUGCAGGCAGCCAUCUCGUCCCACCCCGACUGCUGCAAGUGGGAGGUUGCGCGCCCCGCAGAGCUCCACAGAUGCAGGGGCACUGCUUUGAGUCAACAGGGGCUGUUGUGCAUAGAGCCAUAAGUCCAGAUGAUGCAAACAGGGUGAAACAAAGUGACAUUCUGCAGGGAUCAGCAAUCAUACGAGAGCUGGUCUGACCCGGAAGACACUUCCUUCUUUACCCCAGUAUUUGACAGUGUUUAAGGCAGUGGGUGCUGGAGGAGACUCUUGAGAGUCCCGUGGACUGCAAGUAGAUCAAACCGAUCCAUUCUGAAGGAAAUCAGCCCUGAGUGCUCACUGGAAGGACAGAUCCUGAAGCUGAGGCUCCAGUACUUUGGCCACCUCAUGAGAAGAGAAGACUCCCUGGAAAAGACCCUGAUGUUGGGAAAGAUGGAGGGCCCAAGGAGAAGGGGACGACAGAGGACGAGAUGGUGGGACAGUGUUCUCGAAGCUACCAGCAUGAGUUUGACCAAACUGCGGGAGGCAGUGGAAGACAGGAAUGCCUGCCAUGCUCUGGUCCAGGGGGUCACAAAGAGGCGGACACGACUAAACGACUAAACAACAAGGCAAUGGGUGUAUACAAAGCCCCUCCCAUCAAACCAUGCCACAUUUUUGCUAUGGAGCAGGACCCCAUGCCAAGUGGCACACGGCAUCCUCCUCUUCAUCCCUCUUGAUGACUUUAAAAGAGGAUUAGACAAAUUCAUAUUGCUGGCUGCUAUCCAUGAUGUCUCCACAGUUGGAGGUAAUGAUGUAUUCAAAUACCAGUUGCUGGAAACCACGGGAAAGGAGAGAAGAGGAUGCUGGACUGGGUGGUCCAGAAGGCUCUGCUUAUGGAAGGAGGGAAGGAGCCAGACUCUGAGAGCUGCCUGUUGCUGUAUUUUUUAUGUAAACAAGAGUACCUUAUUGUGAAAUUUGUUGUCAUUAUAUUAAUUAUUAACAAUUGCAAUGCCUUUCUGCACUACGGCAGCCAACAGCAAAAUUAUCAAGUACAAAAUCAAUACAAAUACGACAAGCAACGAAGGCCAGGAGGAAUUAGAACAGCAGGUUGCAAAUGGGAGCAGCUAUAAACAAAAAUGCCACUUUAACAAGCGGCUGCCAACAAACCUAAGAACCAGACUCCCUUUUCGAACAUGCCCCCCCCAACCCUCCGCCACAGUGCGCAGAGAUGGGUUUUGAAAGGGAUCAGACAGAAACCCAAGGAGGAUCGGAUCUAGCCAUGGGUGGGUCUGUGGGGCUUCCAUGUUCAGAGGCAGUAUACCUGUGAGUAGCAGGCAAACCAACUUGGCAGGGGGUGCUGAGGAGUCUUGCCUUUGUGGUGGCCUGUUUCCCAGAUGCUUCCAGCUGGCCACUGCCUGGGACCGAGGCUGCUGGACUUGCUGGACCUUUGGGCUGACACCUUCUCUCACAUUUGUAUGCUGCCUCCUAAGACAGAUUGGCACUCCUCCUGCCGCCCCUCCCAACUUUGUAUAGGGGAUUUGACAAAGUAGCAUCCCAGCUGCAACCCCCCUGCCCCCCCAGUCAGUCUCUCUCUCUCUUUUGCACAUUUUCCUCAAACCCCCCCCCCCUUGCCCUGCAGUUAUUAACAAGCCAAAGCCAUCCGGCAGAGCCGCAUACAUCCAUAAUCUCUUCCCUCAGCCCUCCGUAUUGACAGUUAUCUGGAAUCUGAAGGAAUUCAAGACAAAUGAUUAAGAGGAUGGAGUUAAUAAAAUUUGAAAAAUUGAGACCUGUCAGUCCGCUAAACUUUUUUCAAUACCACCGACAGGAACAUAUUUCCCCAAUGAGUGACCUUCUGCAGCUGCUCGGGUCCUGCGCUGCUGGGGUGGCGUUGGGAGCGAGCCGGCCUGCUAUUUAUCAAAUAUUAUAAGCCGGGGCCUACUAAUAAUAUGAGCCGAGCUGGGGAGGGCAAAGGCAGGCAGGCAGGCAGGCAGGCAGGAGGAGCCUGGGGCGUUGCCCAGGUGUUGGUUCUCUGCCAGAGACAGCGAGUGGGAGGUGACAAAUUGCAUCCCAUAACGGCUCAGGGAGGUUGGUGCCCUCUCAGCAGGCGUGUGCCCUGUGGUGGCACGGAGCGCAGUCCCUGCUCCUUGGGGCCAGCUGCCCCGACUCUGCAGAGGGGCCGAGGUCAGGCCAGGGCUCUGGGGGGAAAGCCAGUGGCCACCCUCUGCGACGACAGCAAUGAUGGGUUAGCAAGUGUCUUGACACCCCAGUUAUUUAUUGAAGCAUAAUAUUUUAUUGCCGCCGGUACCGGAGGUGGCCAUCGACCGCUUGUGUGAGCCUGGUUCUAUCAAUUAUUGCAGCAAUUAGUCAAGUCGUCAAAGCCAUUAACAGGGGGAUUAGGCCAAUAUUGGUUAGCCAUUAUUAAUAGAUCAACGGGAGGAAAUUUAGGGUCUUCCAGAAGGAAGGCAGAGCUGGCCUGGAGGGAGGGGCCCGAGGAAACUUCCUCCUCCUCUUCCAGAAGAGAGCAAAACUGUUGUGUAAGAGAAAGAAUUGUGCGUUAGAUGCAGGUCACUGUCUCUUUAAAAGAUAUUGAGUGCCCAGGGCAGGCCGUAUAUAAUCUCACCUGUUCUGAUCAUACUUUUUAUUGGGCGCGGCAAGGCUCGCAACAGAAAUUACUCUGCGUUGGAUGUUUAUGGAGCACAUUUUUCAUUCUGCAAGCAAAUAUAGAUCCCUUUAUGCCAGAUGUUGGAAAUAGCUAAUCUCCCUCUCCAAGGUUCGUAGCAGCAGAUCAGCCAGUGCCAACAACGCUGUGACAAGGCGACAAGCAGAACGCUGCUCCCGUGGUUUGGAAAUUGCACUGCAGGCACCAGGAUUCUCCCGCGGACCUGCCUGUUGCUGCUCUCAAAGCCCAUUUGGGUGGUGUGCGCAUAGGCAGCUGCCUUAAAGCAGCUCAGAACCUUAGUCCACUGAGGCUGGCAUGGUCUUUUCAGACUGGAGGUCUCUAGCUGAGAGAAGCCCCCCUGCCAUCUCUCUUGCUCAAGAUCCUUUUAGCUAGAGGUUGAACUUCUGACUGCUUGAUUCUGAACCUGGGACUUGGUGAGCAGAGCAAUCUCUCAGCCACUGAGUACAAUUCCCACUCAUUCCGGGGUCUUAGUGGACACCAUCUCUAAGGAAGAGUUAUUUCCCCUUCCCUGCAGCCAGUAACGUGCUCUCUUACACAAACAAUUGUUAUCCGAGGCCCCUCUUCACGUUCCCCUUCCAUGGGCGGUCCAGAGGGUGGAGACAAAAGAACGUGCCUUUUUGGUGGUGGCUCCCUGCUUCUGCUGUCUGGGGUGCCUCGCCUGCCUAGCAGCAGGCAAAAACAUUGCAUUUUAACCAGGCCUUUGGCUCUUUACUAUAGCCUUUUAGAGUGCUUUUAUGUGAUCUUUUUCUUUGUAAGUUGCUUUGAGUUACUGUGGCAAAAAAGCAACUAAUAAAUAACAGUAAUAGUAAGGCUCUUUAAAGGAAAAGUGAUCCACCCACGAUGAGCCAUGAGUGAAAAGGUACAGAGGUGAGAGAUUGCACAAGGGCCCUGAACAGAGAGAGUAAAGAGUGGCUAAGGGACACAGCCGCUUUCACCCCUCCUCUUCCUGCCAUCUUUCAUUGUCAUGUUGGAUAUUAGCAGCCCACAGCAGGGCAGUGUCCCACAGCAGAGGCCAUGAAGCAAGAGCACCACGCUGAACUGCGGCCACUCCAGCGGGGCUGUUGGAGUUCUGUCGGCCCUUGGCAGGAGAGUGGACAGCUUGCUUCUCCAAUGGGGUGUUACGUUUGCCCUGAGUUCUGCAGCUUCCUUUCGCCUAGGCCUCUUGUUCCUGGUGACACAUCCCUUUUGCUGUGUCCUUUGACAUCCAUACGUGUUGCCGCUGGUGGCACAUUGUCCCUUUUCUGAUUGGAGCAAAGGUUAAAGAGGACCCCGGAUAGCUGAGAGGCUGUAAGCUGCCCGUCAUCUGACUCCAUCCCACAUGUUGAGCUCUGUCUUUUCCCUUCCAGGUGCCAACCCCCUGCAGAGGAAUGAAAUGGGGCACACGGCCGUGGAUUACGCACGGGAGGGGGAGGUCAUGAAGCUCUUGAAAGCGUCCGCAACAAAGGUGAGGAUUCAAAGACUUGGCUCUCAUGGGUUUCUCCCUCCCUCCCUCCCUCCCUCCCUCCCUCCCUCCUUUUUAGUGCCAAAAUCCAGGGGUGGCGUAGAAACUGCCCCAGGGUCUUGGCCUCAGAGAGAAUGUUGCGAAUUCGCUCUGUGCUCAGCCGGGGAUCAAAUCAUAUUGAGGGAAUGGUUUUUGUUGUUAAUAAAUCCCACCAAAGCAUUUCAGGUCACCUCCAAUGUAUGCCUGCCUUCCUGUUCCACCUUUUGGAGAGGUGGGCAGCAAAUAAAGGGGUCCGUUGCCCUGCUGUGCCAAUUUUCUGAAAUUUGGUGGGUGGGGGUGGGUUCAGGGGCAGCUCAAGUAGAUGCUGGGCCCGCGCAUGCAAUUUGAAUGCGUCCAUGGCUCAUGGGACAAAGGUUCCGGGGUCCCACAAUGCUGCUUUGGACACCGACAGCUCCCCUGUUGCUUCUGCAAGAGGCUGGAUGUGAAUGGGAAGGGUGGCAAACAGCCGUGCUUGGUGCCACCUUGCUGGCAGUGCGUCCUGUUGUGCUGCCCUCAGCAGAGAGAUGGGGUAGAAAAUAACUAAACUUCAUUAUGCCAACACUCCUCCUGUUGGCAAGUUCUACGGGUGAAGAGGGGAAUAAACAUAAGAAGAGCCUGCUGGAUCAGGCAGUGGCCCCUUCUAGCCCAUACCACAACCCACAAGCAGGAUUUGAACACAAGAGCAACUCUCGCCUCCUGUGAUUUCUAGCAACUGGGAUUCAGAAGAAUCUCUGCUUCCAACUGCGGAGACGGAACAUAGCCAUCCGUCAUGGCUGGUAGCCAUCAAGAGCCCUCCUCCAUGUCUUUGUCUAGUGGUCUAGCUUGGUGGCCAUCACUGCCUCCUGCUGCAGAGAGUCCCACAGUUUAAGUGCGACGUGAAGAAGGACUUCCUUCUAUCUGAAUCUUCCAACAAGAGGAGGGUCUUUGUGCCGUUGCAUAAAGGAAUGGCACUUGUCUCCAUGCAUCUCGGGGGGGCUUCAGAAGGACGAGGAAUUGGAUGGGUCACAGCAGUCCUGAGCCUGGUCUUCUGCAGCCCUCUGGAAAAUGGGCCCCCAGACAGUAGCUUCCCUUUUAUUCCCUCCUCUUCCUGUCCUCACCCUGCUACCAAGAGUCAGGCCCCUCUGUCGCUGUGCCCCAUUCCCAGCCCAAAUGUGUAUGGGCAGGCUCUUGCUGUCACCUUCUUCUUCUUGGGCAAUCCCUCGUAGCCAAGUAAGAUUGUCUUCCAUAAACACAAGUUUUAACCAUGAGUCCAUAAGUGACUGUGGAGGCCAAUUCUGGAUCCACACGUCCUUCCACAGUGCGGACGUAGGUUUCCGGGUGGGUGUUGAUCACAGUGAGGGUUUGCCAAACGUGUCACCACAACCAUAGGGGCUCUUUCACUUCCAGCAACGGUCACUCGCUCUGAUGUUAAUAUGCUUUUGCACCGCAAAAGGCGGCAACUUCCAGGGCUAGGGAAGAGGAGCUUGUCCAUGCGAGUUCUGCCAAGCGUGUGGCAACCCACCCCCUUGCAAGAGAUGGAUGCUGUUGGGAAUGAGCUGUUGCUGGAGGGAAGCCCUUUGAAAUUUUUAUAAAGGAAAUGUCAGGAGUUGCAUGCUUAAAUCUCAGCAAGGAGAAGGGAGAGAGAGAGAAUCAUGCUAACUUGAAUGGGUCUCUGGAGCCUUCCUCCGUGAAGCAGAGCUGCCCUUUAACUAACUUUUUCUCCACAAAGCCUUUGGAUGAUGAGCGGGAGACGCACAGAUCUGCGCAGAGAUGGGUCUUGCUGAAGGAGAUGGCAGCGGGUGCAUAAAAAUCUCGUGCUCUUUGGGGCUGCCUGGUGAUGAAUGUGCAGCUGAGGGGGAUGUGGUGGCAGAGGGGUUGCCAGUCCUGCUUUCCAUCCCCGCCGAGAGUCUUUGAGAAUUUAUUGCUCAUUUUGAUCACUGCUGCAGAAUGAAUUGGUGGCACCAUUAACGGGACAGACACAUCCCAUCGAUUUUAUUUACAUAUGCUGGUGACAAGAGCAACAAGGAGUCUUCAUAUGCGAAAUCAAUUUGUUUUUAGGAAAAAGUCUCCUGAUCCACAUGGCCUGCUUCUCGUGAAUCAGAGCCACCAGGUCAAGGCUGGAGUGGGCCAGCUAGCGGCUCGGUUGGCUGUUGGGCCUUCCUCCACCUUCUCUCCCAGUUUCCACCACCAGUUGGAAGCCGUUAGCAGGCCUGUCCUCGAAGGGCAUGGGUGCUCACUGGGCGCACCCCACUGGCGCACUCCCCAUCGCAAAAGUAGAUUCCCAAAUACUUUUGUGAAAAGGCCAUUGCACCUUCCCUCCUAAUCACCAAAGCCUCUUCUCUCUGCAAAUCUUCCCGUAAUUGGAGCUGUGACUGGGAGGGGUGCCAGGGUCUUUAAUGAGCAAUAAAAGGAAAAGAACACAAUUACCUGGCUCUAAGAAGGAUCCCGCUGUUGACAUCUCAAGGUGAGGCCUCCUGGCAGAACUCAUGGAGCAUAUCUCCAGUUGUAAUACUUGGCCUGGCACUCUGGUAAACUCAGGAGUUUGAUGGGACAGGUUGGUCCCACCUGUUGCACCGUGCAAGGAAGCUGUCUUAUAUCUGCUUCCAUGGAAGGUUCAGGAUGGAGAAAAGAGCUUCACACAGGGCACAAUUAGACUAUGAAACUCACUCCCACUGGGGAAGUGAUGGCCACCAACUUGGAUGCCUUUAAAAGAGCCUUAGACAGAAUCAUGGAGGAGGAGGAGAGGGCAACCUGUGGCUAUUACCCAUACUGGCUAUUCUCUGCUUCUACAGCUGGAGGUAGCUUCUGAAUGCUCGGAUCCUGCUUGCAGGGGGCAUUUGGUUGGCCACUGUGAGCAGGUGGCUGCUGCUCUAAAUUUGUGGCUGCUUUGCAGUGGGUCUGUGUUAUUCUUCUAAUGUGUGUGUGUAAAAUAUGUACAUGCAUAUAAUAUUUUUUACUUCAGACAUUUUUACACCAUAUAGCUAUAUCUCUUUCUUACUCACAUCUCUCAGCACGUACAUGAAACAAGCCACAUAAAAUGAAACAAUAAAACAAUACAAUUCUUUAUCAUAAUACUGAACCCCUCCUCAAAAUGCUUGCUGGAACAAGAACAUCUUCGUCUUGCUGGAGUUCAGCAAAGAAGGUGCAUUAGCGGAGUUUGUAACCUGAAGUGUUUGUAACCUGAGGCGUUUGUAACUCGAGGUACCACUGUAAUAGCCCAUGCCUAUGCAAAUUUACCUACAGGUGAGGCACACUGGAGCUUACACCCAGGUAAAUGUGCAUAGGAUUGCAGCCAAAGUUGGGUGUUCUGGCUGCAACCGCAAUGUCACAUAGCAGUGAGUUCCACAGGUUGUUUGCGCAUUUUGCAGAGACGCUCACCCUGGCUAGACUGUUGGUUUCAGCAUCUAACUCUUGAGUCUCUGCAUUUUGAGAAGAGUCCUGUUCCUAGAGGAUGUAAAUUAAACACAGACAAAAAAGAAUCUCACUUCAGCAGGCAGAUGGAAAAGAAAGGCAGUUUCCUUGCUGAGGCAGCCCUUUCUGGGGUUUUGCCCACUCUUGAGCUUUUGUGUAGCUCUCCCUCCCUUCCCCCUGCCUUUCCUCCAGCCCGUCAGUCACAUCCGAUAACAUAUAUAUUAUGGCAGAGCUGCUGUUAUGCAUUAUUUUCUUUUCAAAAUGUAAAGAAAGAAAAGGCAGGAGGAAAAAAAUUGGCCUAUAUAUUUGGAAAGACAUAGAUGUAUAGAUGGGGCCGGAGUAGUUUGAGGCUGGUGAUAUAUACGGAGCCUGAGGGAGCGACACCAUUGGCACUCUGGAUUCAAUCCAGCAAGUGCCGUCCCACUGGGAUCCGCAAGGAAGUUAUUGCUCCAUUUUGAAGCAUCAGGACUGAUGGGGUGUCUCGGUUACAGGGUAGACAGAUAACAGCAGCCAAAAUUGGAUUGGUUGCUAUUUAUUUUUUUUAACUUCUGUCAAGGUCACUACCGUAACAGGAAAACACCAGAAAAGCCGGCCAGCGGAUUGCGCUGCCGGUUUCUCAAGUGGCGGCUUCUGCUGCUGCUUUUGCGACAAGAGCCGGUGUGGGCUGUGCUGCUGAGUAGGGGGAUCAGGCCACGGAGGGUGGUCCAGCUGGUCCAGCGUUCUCUCCCCACCCACCCACAAUGGCCAGCGUGACAGUGACAGCCCUCUGCUGUUGCUUCUCCUCAGCACCUUUUCUUAGAAUCCAAGAAUCGUUGAGUUGGAAGGGACCCCAAAGGCCAUCUAGUCCAACCCCCCUGCAAUGCAGGAAUCGUGGCAGAUUCUUCCAAUGGCCCUCGAGGUUUUCAGACCUACACCCUUGUGCAAAUUAAUUGAAACAAAGCCUGUUUUCUAUCUUAUUCGUAAUCCUGUAAUCAAAACAAACACGAAAAGUCAUUAUGGUGUCGGAAGCCUGCAGCCAAUAGAAGGAAUGACGCGUUUGCCACAAUAUAUUGAGGUUUUACGAAAGAGAGUUAUUCCAGAGCUGGAAAAGAGGUAUCCUGACAGUACUGGGAUAUUGCAGCAGGACGUAGACCCCCCGUCACACAUCGAAAGUUGUGAAGAAGUUCAUGUCAGAACAGCCAAUACAGGCAUUUGAUUGACCAGGGAAUUCCCUGGACGUAAAUCCCAUUGAGAAUUCGUGGGCUAUAUGCAAAAGUCCUCUCGGUGCUGUAGACGGUACGACUAUGGAGAAGCUUAUUCAGGCGCCGAUUCAGGUGUGGUACAGGGAUCCGAAAAUCAACAGUGAGUGUUCGAAACUAUUAAACUCCAUACCAAACCGUGUUCAAAUGCUGCUUAAAAGUAACAGAGGUCAUAUCAGUUACUAGUGAGUUUUGCAUAUGUAUAUGUGAGUUUUGUACAAUAAACUACAUUGUUUGUUUCAAUUAAUUUGCACAAGGGUGUAGGGCCCAUCUUUAAUUGAAGCAUGCACUUGGGGACCCACUUCUUUAUUUUAUUUUUAACCACAUACAUGUAUCUUGGAUCGGUCGCCUCUCACCCUCCAGCUGAAGGCAAAUGCUUUAUUUUGAGAAAUGCCACUUCAUUUCCCAUGCAUCUGAAACUGAGGAGCCUUCCCUUCCCCCUUCCAUAAAUCUCAAGAGAGAGAGCAUGGCCAACCAGUUUGGGUAAAGGUAAAGGGACCCCUGACCAUUAGGUCCAGUCGCGGACGACUCUGGGGUUGUGGCGCUCAUCUCGCUUUAGUGGCCGAGGGAGCCGGCGUACAGCUUCCGGGUCCUGUGGUCAGCAUGACUAAGCCGCUUCUGGUGAACCAGAGCAGCACACGGAAACGCCGUUUACCUUCCUGCCAGAGCGGUACCUAUUUAUCUACUUGCACUUUGACGUGCUUUUGAACUGCUAGGUUGGCAGGAGCAGGGACCGAGCAACGGGAGCUCACCCUGUCGCGGGGAUUCGAACCGCCGACCUUCUGAUCGGCAAGCCCUAGGCUCUGUAGUUUAACCCACAACGUAUAGUGGGCUAAAUCUCUUAAUUUGAGGAUCAUCAAUGCAAGGCUGUGUAGUAGGGAAAGGUCAACUUACUCCCUUACUCACCUGCUUCUUCCCAGUGCCCCCCCAUAAGAGCCAGUGUACCCCUAGGUCUCUCUGGCACAUAGAGAAGCUGCUCUAGAAGAGAGGUCCCCGGUUCCCUUCUCUUGCGUGCUGGUUUUUAACCCCAGAACCCAGUGAUGGCACCAGGUUGGAUAGCUUUAAAAGUAAGAGCUGUUUGACAGUGGAAUGGACUCCCAUGGAAAGUAGUGGAUUCUCCUUCCUUGGAGAAGCAGAGUUUGGAUGGCCAUCUGUCAUGGACGCACGUAGGGUAGGGUAUUUUCAGCCACCCCAGGCUUUCUCUGUCUCUUUCUUCCUUCCCCUCCCUCCUGGUUUUCUGCUGCACUUUGAAAUGCCCCCUCUUUUUGGGAGGGUCUGCGGUGAUUAAGCUUUUUUUAAUUAAGUUUCCACUGGUUCAUUUUUGUGACCUUUCUCCGCCUCCAUGGAUGCAAUUCUGAUUAUUUUCCUUGCAUAUUCAUUUUACAUGUGCGUCUGACUCAUGUUUGCUAAAAGCAUUGGACGUUUGGUGGGCUAUAAAUGUCUUAACAUGGAUAAACACGUUCUUCCUAUACCCACUAACCUCACAGCAGGUGAUAGAGAAGCUUGUCACAUGGACAUCCUUACAGCAUGGAUGUUGGGGUAUCUUUUUAAAAGAGCACCUUCUUUUCCUUUCCGCAGUUCCAGGAAGAGCAGCGCAAGAGGGAAAUAGAGGAACGGCGAAGGUUCCCGCUGGAGCAGAGACUCCGGGAACAUAUCAUUGGCCAGGAGAGCGCCAUAGCAACUGUUGGAGCUGGUAAGAUCUGGGGCUCUGAUUUGAUUAGCCUUCUGCUCUGCAAAUCCUGCAGAGAAUCUGGAAGGGGGUUAGUUAAUGUGUGUGCACCCACACGUGUGUGUCACAUAAAUGUUAUGCCAUAAUUUUAUUUAGAACGUGUGUGUGCACAAAACAGUCAAGAAUACCUUAAGCUGCAAAGCCGAGAAUUCCAGCUUUUAAAAACUUUUUUUCUUGUUUGUGGAGAGUCGCUUUUUUAAUUGCUGGGUUUUUGGGUUGUUUUUUUUCUUUGCCUAAGAUAUGAAAUCCAGGAAAAUACAAGGAAUUUUGUCACCAGUGAAGGUCUGGGCACCAUUGUGUGUUGCAGCUGCCUACAGCUCUAGCACAUAACCCUGCAGUUUGGCAUCUGGCACAGAAUUCUGACUCCUGAAAAUGUCAGAAUUCGUAUCUGGAAAGAAAAAUGCAUUUUAGUUCCUAGGAUUGCAGGAAUAAGCAUGGGAAGUAUGUUCUUCAUGAAAUCAUAGAUGCCAUGGGAAGGACACAGAACCGGGGAUUUCCGUUCCCUUGGUCUGCAACAGUGGACCAGAUGAGAGGAAUGAAACGAAAGAUGGAGCCAUAGCAUGGUGGUGGCCAUGAUCCUUUGGCCAAAAGGCUGGGGGCGAUAAGAGUUGGAAUCCAGAUCCUCCUUAGCAUCCUCAACAUCCUCUCAAACGGAACCAUUUUUUCAUAUGAUCUCUUAGCCACACUGAACAGAGCAGUAUUACUACUGCGCUGCUUGUAUUAGGAAAGGAAGCUCCUCUUAUUGCAGUGUAUAAUUGCUUCAGCCUUUCUUGCCAUAGCAUUACUUGGUUGGCUUUUAUUCCAGAUUGGGGGUUCUUUUUAGCAAUAUACACAUUGCAACCUAUUAUUAUUAUUAUUAUUAUUAUUAUUAUUAUUAUUAGUACCCCGCCCAUCUGGUUGGGUUUCCACUCUGGGCGGUUAAAAUCUUUCUCUGUGCAUCCCACUCUGCUGGUGAGAGCAGGGUAUGCAUUGUGAGCAGUGCUUUUUUUCCCUGGAAAAACAGGCGCUGGUACACACCAUGAAGUUAUUGCGUUAAGCGCUACACUUUUUAACAACAGAAAGAGGUGCCGGUACUGCAUACCCUUGAGUACCCCUGGGGGAGGCACUGGUUGUGAGAGACAGGAUUGUACGCUGUGUGUUUUAGUGGUACCUUGAGAAAGCAAAGAGAUAACAUUUUUCCUCCCUGACCUGCUAGUUUUCUGUGUGCAGGCUUCCUUCUGUUCUGCUUUGUCGCAGGGGGGAGUGUUCAGUCACGUGAACCUCCCGCUUCCAGGCAGAAGGGGUACAGGGCACACCCAAAUUGGCCACUUUAUUCACAGCUAGGCUUUGUCAGUUUUGCAAUCCAUUACAAAGUUUCUCAUGGGUCACCUUCCAUGAAAGAAGAACUUUUAUCUCUGGAUUGGCCUUCAGAGUCAAAUGUGGGGUGGAUUCCGAGUGUCUGCUCAGCGCAUGCCCAUCCUUGGGACCCAGAGGGUGCUGCUUUCCCAGAUAAAGUCACUCUAUGUCCCGGAGCCUGUCACAGGAGACAGGUCCCUCCUCCAAAACAGAGAGAUCUUUGGAACUUGGGACUGCACUGGGAGGCAGAAACAAUGCGAACGACUUCAGGGCCUCGGAAAGUAUCUCUCUGCCCUUCUCCCGGAGUCCAUUGUGUAGUAAAUAAAGAAUAUUAAAACUCUUUGUCAACCUCCUGUUACUGAAAUCUCCCCCUGUUGCGUUCGCGAGACCAUUAACGGCGAUAAAUGGAAGGAAGGGGAUGUGGGCUGUUGAAGCCUCUUUUUAUCUUUUAACUGUGGCCAAAGGCCAGGCUGAGGAGCCCCCAGAAGGCAGAAACUGAUCCUAAGCAUGUCCUAAUGGGCAGUCCUGCCCCUGCCUGAGUCAGGGAUGGUUCACACAACCUACUCCCUGGCGGGAACCAUCCUCAUAGCUCUGCAGAGAGCCCAGCAAAGGCCUCUUUUGGCCUGUUAAUAUGAGUCAUGAAAGACUGGAGGAGGGAAGUUGAGUACAAGUCCGGCUGGCCUUCUCAUCACCUGAAAUCCCAGCUCCCAGAAUCUGCAGCCCUCCAGAGGUUUUGGACUACAACUCCCUGUUGUAGCAGAUCGGGGAAAGCUGAGUUUAAUGUAGAACAGAGUGAGCUACAUUGACAUGUCACCUGGCUUUGGACUCUUGUCUUGGAUGAAAUAAUAGUAGCUAUUCAACAUCCCUUCCAGUUUAAUGAUUUGGAGGGUUGGUGGGGGGGAGGCAAGUGGGACAGUGCCUGCGAAACCACUGAAGCUUGAUAGAGCCUAAGCAAAGCCCUUCUUGGUGGAGGAUCUAUAUUCUCUGUCGCUGUUUACACUGCCUCACGGCUGGGAUGAGAAAAAUGAAAUCGGGGGGAUGAAUAUUGAUGUGCAGAUUUGAUAAAUUUGAAUAAUUUGUAAUGAUCGUAUCCUUCAUGUUUUCAGUGCAUGAGCCUUCCUGGGCACUGCACAAAGAUCCAAUCAAAGGCCUUGUGCCUUCAGGCAAAAAUAGUGCAGAAAGUGGCAUUUUUCUGGUUGCAGAAUUUGCGUUUGGGGGCAGGAGACGGUGGGACGCUUAUGACUCUGGUCAUCAAAGCAAUUGGUGACUCGUCAUUUGGUUAGGGAUUCUGCCUCGCUUGCAGGCAGUGGAGGAGACACCUGAAUGGAGCACAUGGGACACGGCUGAGCAAUAGCUGAGACCCCAUGAAAAGUGGGCAAGGCCCCUCAGGUCCCUUCCCACCUUUGCUCUGCUGCUGCCUCCAGCUUUUUAAGCAUCUUUCUGCAAGCAUGAGUUCUAGGGACAUAAGAAAGAGCUUGGUUUCUCUAGAAUCUGACGGGCCUGGGUGGCCCAGAGCUGUGCUGUAAAUAAAGAUCGCGGGACGUAGUUUGGGCCUUGGGUUUGGGAGGGCGAGGCUCUCCCCUGCAAAGGCACCACAUGUGCACCCUGGUUAGAGAAAGGCUGUGCCUGGAGGCAGCAGCGGGGGCUAAUUAGGGAGCUUUGAUUAAUGGGCAGGGCCUUUCUCUGACACAGGUGGUGGUGGGGCUGGCGAGAGCAGCUGCCUUCAUGGAACUUCCCUUUAUUGAAUUAGGCAGGACCAGGCGCACUCUGCCUCGGGAUAUCGCGCCAGGAAGGGGAGGCUUGCUGGUGCUUUUGCUGCCGCCUGCCCCGAUGGUCCCAACCUGUUAAGCUUUGACGUGGGUGGGUGGGCGGGAGGGGGCGUUCUUGACACACAUACCCAGUUACUCUGAGUAGCCCUUGCCCAUCUUUCAAGAGGGACUGCCAAACGCAGGGCACACUUGGCAUACCUCCUGACUGCAAAGCGACUGCUGUGCUCCUGGUCUAAAUGCUGCAGCAAUGUGCCCCCCACCCCAUGCCAGUGCACGUUGGUGUGGGGAGAGGAGUGUCAGGAAGCAACCCUUAAUUCUGCUGCUAGCUUGCUAGCUCCUCAUGCUCCAUCCCACGACACGGGAUGGUUGACAGUUGUCAAGCAAGCAUUUAGGGUCAUACCUGGCGCCUGCUUUCUUGCUUCAGUGGGCUCACUGGGACCCAGUUUGAGGAGCCCAAUCUGAGGCUCACAGCUUACAUUCAGUCUGUUCUCUUCUAGCCUGUUGUCUCGUUUCUUCUGCCCAAUGUGGUUUCCCAGGGCAUCAACUUUGUUGGCAGAGAGAGAAAGUGCAUUCAGGUUUUGGAGGGAGCAAGAGUUGACUGCAUGCAACAACAAGAGGAUGUUUCCAAGGGAUGCCCCAGAAUAUGAGAACAUAACAAGAGCCUGCUAGGUCAAGCCAAUGCCCCCUCUGGUCCAGCAUCCUGUUCUCACAGUGACCAACCAGAUGCCUCCAUGUGAAACAGGACCCGAGCAUGAGAGCAACUCUCCCCUCCAUCAGUCUCUAGCAGCUUGUGUUCAGAAGCAUUGCUGCCUCCAACUGUGGAGGCAGAGCAAAACCAUCAUGGCUAAGUAGCCUUUGACAGCCUUAUCCUGCUCCUUAAAUCUGCUUAAUCCUCUUUCUUAAGCCAUCCAAGUUGGUGGCCAUCACUUCUUCCUGUGGGAGCAAGUUCCAUAGUGGAAAAGGAUGAAGACGAAUGGUCAAGAGUGGAUGCAGACAUGCAUAAAUGAGCGGCCAUUUGCAUAGCUGUACUGUGUUGCUUUCCCCCUUAUUUGGUGGGCGUUUUGCUUGUAGUAGGAGCUUGUAGUUGUCUACACUGACUGGCAGCAGCUGUCUUCAGUUUCAGACCAGGAGUCUUUCUCAGCCCUGCCUAGAGCCUGCCAGGUGUUCUUCCCAUUGACUUUUGGCCCUUCCUGUAGAGCAGCACGUGGCUUAAAGUUUAGCACACUUUUCUUGGUGCAGAGUGGUAGUGGGCUGGUGGCAGGAAUCUGGCCCUGUUUCUGCCUUGACCCCUUUGGCCACCACCUUCCUGCCCAGGCGACCCACGUCUGCUCAUCGAACUGAGCCACCGCAGCAGUGGGGGAAGCCAAGCAGGGUCCCUUGAAUGCCAGUCCCUUGCCUUGCAAGGGCAAAGUUGGUCUUUGGUUCAUGCCCGAAGGACGUCGCCCCUUUGGCGUCACGAGCCCGGCCAGGCCAAGAAACCCCACAGAAUGAAUUGAUUUGAUAAAUGGACAUUUAUUACACUCACAAAUUGGCUGAAACCAAUUUUGGUCACGUCAACCCCUGAUAACUGCUGGGGUAUUGAUUUGUGUAAAGUAAUACAGUGAAUUUAUCAGUUCAAUAGCCAGCUUGAAAGGCCUCUCAGAGACCCAGCGCUGUGGCGGCUCUGCAGUUACGGAGGGCAAAAGAAAGCCCAGGCUGGGAAGAGCUCUGGAGCCAAGGAGGCCCAAGGUGGCAGCGCCUGCCUCCUUCUCUCCCUCUCUUGUGCUCUUUCUCUCUCUGCUGCUCCCAGAAUUUCAGCCAGGACUGCUGUGCCUUAGUUCCUCCACAGCCAAGAGUGAGGAGAGCGUAGCCUUGUAGAGAGCGGAACUGCCUAAAAUAGGGGUUGGAUUCCCUCCGUGGCCAGGGAUGCAAAAUUGAUGGUGCAGAUGUCCUGGACAGCUCAGUUGGUUACAGCGUGGUGCUGAUAACGCCAGAGUUGUGGGCUUGAUCCGCUUAUGGGGCAGCUGCAUUUUCCUGCAUUGCAGGGGGUUGGACUAGAUGAUCCUCAGGGUCCCUUCUAACUCUACAAUUCUAUUAUUCUACGUUGAGCUACCGGUGUCUUAACUGCCACAUCAGCUGGUCUUUGCUCUGUUGCUAACCAACACUUUCACCUUCCAAUCCUAGGCAGUGCUGCACAGUGUACCUAUCAAAUUAUUUUUAUCUUCAGAAAAAACCCUUGCUGUCUUUUUCUUGGUUGGCUUUCGCAGCAGCCCUGCCAGGCGGACCUCCAUUAUGCCCAUUUUGCAGAUCAGGAACUGAGGCCGAGAUCACCACGGUGGUCCAGGUCUCCCAAUUUCCAAAUUGCUAGUGAGUAAUUAUGAGUUGCUUUGUGCCCUUUGUCCAAGUCAAUAUAAAAAAUAUGUUUCCAAGGAAUCUUGCAAGAGCAUCGCAGAACCAGCGCACUGAGAGGGUCUUUCUUGCAUUUUACCUGUGGAAUUUCAACCAGCCAGCCUUCAGCCACAUAUGUUUGAAAUCACAUGAGUUAAAUAUGCUUAAGAUGUGGCCGUACUAUAAUGCUUCUGAAUAGCAGUUGUCCCCACAGGCAACUGGUUGGCCACUGCGGGAAAAGGAUGCUGGGAACAGGAUGCUGGGCUCGAUGGGCCAUUGGGCCUGAUCCAGUAGCCAGGCUCUUCUUCCAUUCUUAUGGAAAUGAAGGAAAUGUUCAAGGUGACUUUGUCUGCUCCAGAAGGGGAAGGGCAAGGAAGGAAAGCAGAGCCCUCAGAACCACCAUCACCUGGCUGCUGAAAGUCCUGCUCAGCACCACCUCCACCUGCCAGGAUUUUGCCAGUCACUCCCCAAACACUUCCACUCAUAUCCCUUCAGGUGUGAAGAGUUAACAUUUGCUUCCAUUUUAAAAAGAAGAAGAAAAAGACCUUCCCCUUCUAAAGCCCACACUUUUCAUGGUGUGACUCUGGUCACGUCAAACUGCUCCUUCCUUUUGCACAAGGAGGAAAUGGCGUCGCCACCCUUUCCCAAAACGAUCAGUUGAGCAAGGCCUGAUUCCAGCCUCAAAAAUUUUCUUGCUUUCAUUUUAAAAACACAUGGAAGGAAACAGGCAGAAAACAUUCAGAGAUGCUCAUCACUCUCUCUCUCUCUCUCUCCCUCUCUCUCGUUGAAAGGAUCAUUAUUUGGAGACCCAUGUCUGGAAAAGCUCACUGGCCCUUCUCCAGAGUUCGUCCUCUGCCUCUGGGUGCUUCUGGACAUGCCGUCCACAUUGCCCUUCUCUGCAAGAAGCACAGUGGCCUGUUUUCAAGCAUCUGGUGGUUCUCAUUCUCGCUCUCUCUCCUUCUGUCUGCCUUUCCCUCCCCUUCCAUUAUCCUACUCGGCUAUCACAAGAAAUAUCUUUUGCUCGUCAUUCUUUUCGAGCUUGGCAUUUCGCCUACUUUUAAGGAGCGCCUCUGUCAAGCGUAAUACGUCGCAUCUCCGGUCUCGCUGACCUCUGUCAACCGCCAAGACAGGGCUGAGUGGAAUUUUAAAAAGCCGCCUGUGCAGGUGAGCGCUCUCUGCAAGGAGGCCAUGUCUAUUGCUUUUUUUUUUAAAAAAAAUAAUUUUUUAUUAAGAUUUUAAACAAAGAAAAAGAAAAACAACACAGACAAAGAAAAAAAACAAUACAAAAUUUAACAAUAAAAAGACAAAACAUAACAAUUUAAAACAAACUCUCUUUUCCGCUCCCAUUUUUAUAUUACUUAUUUUCUAGACUUCCUCAUACCUCCCUCUUUUGUAUUCCAAUCUACAUUAUUUGUCCAGCAGUUUCUUUUCCACUUUUUUAAACCCAAUCUUUAAUUUAAUAAAAUAUUAUAAUAUAAAACUUAAACUUUUUUAAACAUAAUCCUUAUUCUUAAUGUCAUAUACCUUUAAAUUUUUCCCCUUUUAUUAUCAAAUUUCCAUUUCUUUAAACAUCCUUAAUCUUGAUCUUAAUCUAUCCUUAACUUUAACCUGUAUAGCUGGAAACCAUUUAUUUUCAAUCCAACAUCACUCUAACAUUCCUUAAUUUUGCAAUGUUUCUGAAGAUAGUCUUUGAAUUUCUUCCAAUCUUCCUCCAUCGACUCUUCUCCCUGGUCACGGAUUCUGCCAGUCAUUUCCGCCAAUUCCAUAUAGUCCAUAAGUUUCAUCUGCCAUUCCUCCAGUGUGGGAAGUUCUUGUGUCUUCCAAUACUUUGCGAUGAGUAUUCUUGCUGCUGUUGUUGCAUACAUAAAGAAAGUUCUAUCCUUUUUUAGCACCUUUUGGCCCACUAUGCCCAGGAGAAAGGCCUCUGGUUUCUUGGGGAAGGUAUACUUAAAUACCUUUUUUAGUUCAUUAUAUAUCAUUUCCCAGAAAGCCUUAAUCUUUGGGCACGUCCACCAAAGGUGAAAAAAUGUACCUUCAGUUUCUUUACAUUUCCAACAUUUGUUAUCGGGCAAGUGAUAGAUUUUUGCAAGCUUGACUGGGGUUAUGUACCACCUAUAUAUCAUUUUCAUAAUAUUCUCUCUUAAGGCAUUACAUGCCGUAAAUUUCAUACCAGUGGUCCAUAACUGUUCCCAGUCAGCAAACAUAAUGUUAUAUCCUACGUCCUGUGCCCAUUUAAUCAUAGCCGAUUUUACCGUUUCAUCUAUUGCAACAACCUAGCGCCCUUCUGGGCAUCUCCCAUCAGCCCCAUCCAACGCAUCAACUUGGGGGAAGGCUGCAAAAUACAGCUCCUGCAGCACCCGCUCUUCUUUGCACAAAGUAUCACAAAACACUUUUAUGAGAGUGCCUACACCGACUGGCAGCCACUCUCCAGGUUUUCAGGCAGGAUGCAUCUCCCAGCCCUGCCUGGAGGUGCCUGGGAUUGAAGCUGAGAUGUUCUGCACGCAGACCAGGUGCUCUGCCCCUGAGCUAUGGCUCUACAGCUUUUGAGAAAUGCGUUGGAAGGCAGAGGCCUUGUUCUAAUUAAGACUGGAAACUGGGAAGGCCUUCACCGGAUGAGGCGUCGCUCCUCUCCUUGAUGUAUCAGUACCUUUUCAGCCUAAGGAGCGUGUGAAGCUGUCGUGGCAUGUGAAGUCAGGACAUUGGUCCACCUAGGCUGGGGAUAUUUCCCCUGAAUGGCAGCAAAGAGUCCCUUUCCUGGGCUGUUCUCUAAGCCCAGUUGUCUGUGAUAGCAUCUUAACUGGAGAUGGCAGGGACUGAACGUGGGGCCUUCUGCAUGCAGCUGUUGCUGAGCACGUAAUGCGAAGGAAAGGUCGGAAAGGUUCUGUGGUGGCUGGAAGCUAAAUUGCCGCUGUGCCCAACAGUCCUAUGGGCAGGUUUUGAAUCUGAGAUUAUCUUUGAAUGCGGCACUGACCCCUUUGACCCUCCCCCUUUUCUCCUGCACCUUGAGUUCUUUUAAGUUUAGAAACUGCUAGAUCAGGCCGUGUAGCGCAGCAUCCAGUUCUCACAGUGGCCAACCAGAUGCCUCUUUGGGGAAACCCACGAGCAGGAGUCGUGUACAAGAGGACUCUUCCCCUCCUGCAGUUCUGGAGGCAGAGCAUAGCCAUUCUGGCUAAUAGCCAUCAGUAGCCCUUUCCUCCUCUAUGAAUUUGUCUAUUCUCCAUUUAAAGUCACCCAAGUUGGUGGCUGUUACUGUCUCCUGUGGAAGAGAGUUCCACAGUUCCCUCUCCUUCUCCAUGAAUGUGUUUGAUCCUCUUUUAAAGCAUUAGGAAAGGACGAACGAAAGAAUGACUGAGAGCUGCGUGGCUUCAUCUCUCUGUCUUGGAGCGGCUAUGUAUUUUAAUUAAGACCACCAGCACACAGAAUAGCAAUGGGGCAGGAGGAGAACACAAGUCUUGGCACCAGGGAACUUGCAAUCUAAAUUGUAAUUUAACAAAAUUAAGUGGUUUCAUGGGCUCCAGUGGAAUGGCUAACAGGGCGGUGACUAUGAGAAAAGCUUUCUGGAUCAGGCCAUUGGCCCACACGCGGGCAUAGAUGCACUGUGGAUGCAAACAUGGCAGUUUAGUAGCAAUUUCCAAAUUCCUUUGGCUUUCUCAUGGAAUGUGGCUACUGGUACAUUAGUCACUGAGCUGCUGGAUCGUCCUCUCCUGCUGGGUCCAUAGUUCCUCAAACCCUGGCAGGCAGAAGUGGCUUCACCUCAGUGUUGUGUUUACAACUUGGAGGCCCCAAGAAAAAAAAGAUCUGGGUGGUGAACGUGGCACAUAGAGCAGCUGGCAUGGUUUGGAGGUUUGUGACACCAUUUUUCAUGCUGUGUGCUGACUUUCCUGGGUGGCUUUGGCAUGCUGAAGUGGUCCUCUGAAUGCUUCAAAGCACACCAAGAUGGCACCUCGCCCUGUCCUGACUGGAAACUGCUUCUUGAACAUUUUCCAGGAGAGGAGGAGUCACGGUCAGGACACGGAUCAGGGGCUCAAGAUGCUGCUUCACCGUGCCAGAGCAACCCAGAAAAGCCAGCCUCGUGGUGAGUUGUGCACCUCCGAGAAAAGGGAAGUGAGGGUUGAGUUUGUUUUUAAACAUAUUUACAUGCUGCCAAUUCAUAAAACAAUUUAUACAAAUUAACAUAAAACGCCAUUAAAACUCCUGCCAAGUUGUGUCAGGAAGAGCCUGUUCUGCAACUUGCAUAAAUUAAGCAAAAUUGCCUGCAUGCUUUUGUUUUGCAUAAUUUAUUCUGUUGGGGGCUGCUUGCUGAGGCUGACAAGGGGCAGAGCGUUGUGGCUUCACAUCACUGCAGCUCAGAAAUCCAGCUCCUGCCCAAGUGCUUUUUCAAGCCUGUCUUUAUCUCUGAAGACAAGAGCUUCAUAGAGUUUUUGAAGCAAAAGCUGAUUUUCUCAGAAGCCUAAAGCAAGAAUCCUGCGCCAGGCCGUUAUACAAUCAUACCUUGGGUUACAGAAGCUUCAGGUUGCGCGUUUUCGGGUUACAGACGCGCCAAAACCUGGAAGUACCAGAAUGGGCUACUUCUGGGUUUCAGCGCAUGCACAGAAGCGCUAAAUGGCUCUUUCUGCAUGCGCAAAAGUGCCGAAUCGCAACCCGCGCGUGAGCAGACAUGAUGCUGUGGGUUGCGGGCACUGCGGGUUGCGAAUGUGCCUCCCACACGGAUCACGUUUGCAACCCGAGCGUCCAUUGUACAGUCAUACCUUGGGUUGAAGUAGCUUUGGGAUGAGUAUUUGCGGGUUGCACUCCGCAGAGACCCGGAAGUAAAAGAGUGUGUUAUUUCCGGGUUUUGCCGUUCGCGCAUGCACAGAUGCUCAAAAUGACGUCAUGCGCAGAAGCAGCGAAUCGCGACAUGCGCAGACGCAGGUUGCGUUUGCUUCAGGAUGCGAAUGGGGCUCCGGAACAGAUCCCGUUCACAUCCAGAGGUACCACUGUACUUGGAUAGAAGGACAGAAUCCAGGCAGCCACAUGUGGAAUCGACAGGGCAUUUCUUGGGUCAGAACUCACAAGCAAAUAUUUACUGUAUUUUUCACUCUAUAAGACGCACCAGACCACAAGACGCACCUAGUUUUUGGAGGAGGAAAACAAGAAAAAAAAUAUUCUGAAUCUCAGAAGCCAGAACAGCAAGAGGGAUCGCUGCGCAGUGAAAGCAGCGAUCCCUCUUGCUGUUCUGGCUUCUGGGAUAGCUGCGCAGCCUGCAUUCGCUCCAUAAGACGCGCACACAUUUCCCCUUACUUUUUAGGAGGGAAAAAGUGAGUCUUAUAGAGCAAAAAAUACGGUAUUUAGGAACACUGUACCCCACUUUUCACUAUCUGCCUCAGAAGUGACUGUUAUGCCAUUUUCCAAAGAAGUCUCUGGAGCUUCUCCUGCUGCUUCACUGAGGCACCGCCCCUUCUUUUUCUCUGCUCUCCCCAGUAGCCCAAAUGCCCCAGUUCCAACUUCCAUAUAACACUGCACAUCCCACCCCAAAAAAGAAUGUCCACUGAUUACAUCCAUUAGGCACCAGCGACAAGUGUUGAAGAACAUAAAGAGAGCCUGCUGGAUCACGCCAAUGAGCUUUUUUGGCCAGCAUCCUGUUCUCACAGUGAACAGAUCAUAGAACUAAAGAGUUGGAAGGGACCCCAAAGGUAAUCCAGUCCAGCCCCUGCCUGCAAUGCAGGAAUAUCAGCAAAAGCAUCCAACCUCAGUAUAAAAACCUCCAAGAAAGGAGAGUCCACAACCUCCCAUGGGAAACCUGGAAGCAGGAUUCGAGCACAAGGGAAACUCUCCUAAUCUGUGGUUUCCAGCAGCUGGCAUUCAGAAGCGUUGGUGCCUCCAACUGUAGAGGCAGAGCAGAGCAGAACCAUCAUGGCUAGUAGCCAUCACUGCCUCCUGUGGAAUUGAGUUCCAAAGGUGAACUGUGUGCUACGUAGAGAAAUCCUUUAUUUUAUGUGUCCUGUCCUUUGCUUUAAUGCAGCAGCCAGACCUUAAGCACAGCCACUGAAUGUAAACAAAUGCUGCCCCCUUGUUCUCAUGUGGUCACUUUUUCCUUCCCUUUUUUAAACGCUGUGCAUGUGCUGUGAUCUGAGAGUGCAAAGCUGCAGUCGGGGUGCCAAGAGCAGCAGGAUCCACAGGGAAGCUAGCUGCCCCAGAGGGCAGGCUUGGCCAACCCAGAAGUUUUAAGUGCUGCUCCUCUGCAAAGUAGAUCCUUUUGUGUUCCAAACCCAUCCCAUGUUUCCCCGGCAUAUCUCCCCUGCAUCCUCCUCCAUCCUAGCACCAUUAUUUACUGCGGCCCAUGAGUCUUCACAAGGCUGCCGUGACCUUGAAUUCAAGGCUUCCUUCCCGUUAGCGUCGGAGCGGUAGCAAACUUCUCCUUCCCAGGUCUUUGUGCACAAAGGUGGCGCUUACAAGCUGGCGAGCUAUUGAGCCUCUAGAAUCUCUCUUUCCCCCAACCCUUUACCCUCCCCACUCGGUCCACCCGACAGGUCCCUUUCUGGUUCAUUCAGUGUCCAUCCUCCCUCCUGUUUCCCUGGCAACGCUGAGUGCACAUCCUGGAAAACUUUAUCCGAAAUCUGCUCUGGGCAGCUUUCCAAAUCCAUGCUAACCUGAUUAGGUAUCUCUGGGGGCCUUGCUGGCUAAUCAAAUUAGGUAGCUCUAAUGGCAGCGAAGACUUUGAGUGGGCAGAGAGCAGUAAAACAUAGUGUAUACUUAGUGAUAAUUAUACUUGCUGUUGUGUCAUUGAUUUAUAUGCCUUUCCCUUUUUUAUGUGCCCAGAUAUAUAACCCCUUCCUUUGUUUUUCUUGCAUUUUCGAUUGCAGCCAUUCGGAGGAAGGAAAAUGGCUGGUAUGACGAGGAGCAUCCCCUGGUUUUUCUCUUCUUGGGAUCAUCGGGAAUAGGUAAAGUCGGCGUCCUUUUUUUUCCCUUCUUUCAUUUUUUGGGGGAUGAUGCAGGCUGGUCCAGCCCCAGAAAAAACGCCAGUGCUGAUUUUUCCACACAUGCUAGAAAAACCAAAGAUACUGCACCACAGAUGGGCCAGAAAUCUCAAGUCUAGUUUUCAAGUACUUUUCUGGGCUCAAGUAAAAGACAGAUUUUUCAGUCCACUUACCUUCCCCAUGCCCAGACACUGCCAGUGGUUCAAGUCAUCGGCAAACACCACUUUCUAUAACAAAUAAGUUGCAACAGCAUAAUAGUGGCACUGAAUGUGAACUAUCCGAAAUUCCAAAGUGAGAAAAUCACACUAGGUACAAUAUUCAUGUGAAACAUAGAAUUUUUAUUAUUAUUAUUCAGUUACAAAAAUAUUUGUAUACUGCUGUGUCGUUAAAAAAAUCCCACACCACCAAAGCGGUUUACAGAAAUAAAAGCAUAAAACCAUGCAAUAAAACCAUUAAAAGGGUAAAAACAGACAUCAAUUCACCAGGAUCAUUCCCUAUUUGAAAAUCCUUAAUCGUAGUAUCAUCCCAGAAGUCACCAAGAGUUGUACUGCCUUUCGCAAGCUUCUUGCCAGCUCCAGCAAAGGAUGGCCCUGGGAAGAGCUCUAUGUGCUGCCAAGGCAUCCACAACCACUGAACCGAACUGGCACCCUGAGAUCUGAUUCCAUUUUUGAAAGACAGAAGCAAGUUUGUAGUUCCUGUUGCAGAGCAAAGAUUGAGAAGGGUCCAGCAAAGGCAAGGAAGCUAGAAUGGACCAGGAAGAGCCUUCUCAGUGGAGUAAAAUCAUGGGUGGGGAGCACAAGGGGACCCAAGGCCCAGUCAGCAUUCUGGACCUCUAUGUUGUUUCGGGUUCUAAGCUCUGAUUAGCACCAACCAUGGCUUGGCAUGGGGUCUGAAUUGAAUCACCCUUUCUGAGACACGGAACCAGGCAGUGUUAGAAACUGGGAUAGAAAAGCUAGGAGCCAAAUGGCUCCUCGGACCAGAGUUGUGGGCGCCAAAACAGAAUGUCUAGAUGCCACCGGGGGGGGGAGCGGUGGUCAGCAACACUUUUAAUUUAUUAUUUUGAUAAGCUUGAAUUAAUACACAAUUUGCAUAAGUGACACAUUGUUAAUACCACAUUUUAGCAGAAAUGGUUAAUGCAUGUUUAAUUUGGUAUUGGCAAUAAAAAUAUUAGUACCAUACUUCAGUUUUCAAAAUACUCUACUAUUUAUUAUUAAACUCCUUAACAUAUUGUCUAUCCUUAACCUAUACUUUGAGGCUCCAAAGCACAUACAUUUCAGUAAUCCUUGAGUGUCAGCCAGGCGCAAAAAAAAAUGGCACCCAGACUUUUUGAGGUGCUUUUUGGCAGCCUGCUAAUUCCGAACCCUGGAACCAGGCAGAUGAGAGAGCAGGUGAGGCAGAGUCAUGGAAAUUAGGGGUGAAGAGGCAGGACAAACCUUUUAGCAGAGAAUAAAGUGUGGCUUUGGGAGAUACAGUAUGAUCGCAUAUUACACACACAUCUAACAUGUGCUAUUUCAACCGUACAUGGUUGAAGACCAGCUGGCUGAAAUCACACAAAUCAAAUGUAAGCGGAUAGCUUAAAAGAUCCUUUUGAACAGGAUUUUCCCUGCAUGGAGAGUGCUUUUAAACUGUCAGACUUGCAUACCAGGCUGUUGAGAUGCUCUUGCCAUGAUCUCAGACAACCCUGUGAGAUUUCAUGAGAGCAUCUCAGAACCCAAAAAGCAAACCUGAGAGCUUUAAAGUUCUCUGCCUUGCUUGGAAGGUAAGGAUGGUCAUGCAAGGGUGCAUCGGGUAUACGCCUUUUUUGCGUAUAUGCACUGUCACCAGAGCGCAACCCCUGCACAAGAUGCAGUUGCACCGAAAAGGGUGAAGCAGCAGGAAUUGGCAGCCCCUGGUUGUAAAAGGAAUAGCCAAGGGAAGGAUUGACGCUCAGGAGUCUUCCCUUCGGCAUCUCGUCUGGGUCAGGCAGACCCUGGAGUGCCCUUUCACCUUGAGGGCACCUUACCAGGGUCCUUCAGGGGCUGCUUUGCGCAGGUACAUGCCUCGCGAGAGACGAAAUCUCCCGCCGCGGUGGGGGCUGACAUGUUUGUUGAUACCAUGUCGAUGUGGAUUUAUUCCGUAAUAUGUGUUUUGAAUUAUUGAUCGCCUUCAUGCCUAGACUUUUAUGAUAGACAUUGCAUAUAAAUCCAAUAAACAAAGAAUAUUGUGUUUCGCAGCAAAUCUGCUCCUUGUCUUGAAGUCAAGGACGUUGCGUUGGGGGAAGACUGGGUUGAGCUCCAUCACUCGCCUGGUCCUCCAAAGCAAUUUUGCACAGCAAAUCCUUCAAGGCUUCCUUUUCCCCCCGGUGGAGGCAGCAGGGACAGUUCACUUUCCUUUGCAGUUUAUGUUUUCCAAAAACACCCCACAAAAGUUACUUUAAGAGCAAAAGGUAUUCUGUAGCCCAGCUGUCCCCAAUCUGGUGCCCUCCAGAGCUUUGGGCUGCAGCUGCCUUCAGGCACAGCUAAGCACAGCCAUUGAUAGGAGUUGUAUGGAGGGCACCAGGUUGGCAGUCCAAAAAAGUCCUUUCUGUCAUCUUACAAAAAAGUGACCAUGAUAACUAACAAUUUUGUGAGUAGCACCGAGUUAAAAACAAAAGAGAAAUGUAAAUGGGUAAAAUUGAUGGUAACUGCAGCCAGACAGGUUAUAGCGAGUACUAUAAUUGGGAAAAUGCAGAAGAGCUAGAGGUGAACCAAUGGAGGGAAAAGCUGAGUAAUAUUAUAAUUUUAGCAUAUCUAACUGUGAAGAUACACAGAAUGAAAGGAUUUAAGGUCAGUGAGAAAGAAGAGAAUUGGUUUGAGAAGAUAUUGAACUAUUUGGGUAGGUUUGAACAAUUUGGGACAAUUAAAAUGUUAAAAGUUAAAUAAACCUUGUGGAUGGAGGAGUGUUAACGUAUAUAAAAUUGUACAUAUGGUUGAUUUGAAUAUGUUAUUAUUGAUUAUGUAUACCCAAUGUAUCAGGCGCCUGGGGGAUUUCACUGUUUGUGUUUGGUUAUUGGUAAAAAAUAAAAAUUUUAUUUAAAAAAAACUAAUAAUUUUGUGUAGGGAGAGUUUGGAGGCCUUUAUAGGGUUAAAAGAAUCAGUUUCCAGCAACCAGUUCCAUUCUAAUGAGGCCAAGAAGAGCUCCAGGUGGGACUGUGCAGAUGAAGGGGCAGGGGAUGGCGGCUCUGGAAGGAGGAAGUGAAAGCAGAACCUACGGGGUCCAUCCCUGAGACUGACAGCUGUCACUGACGUGGGUACUUCAGGGAACCUGUUUGUGAGCAGAGCAUUAAAAGAGCCAUUGCCCCAUCCAGUCCAAAAGCAACUCUCCCCUCCGGUGGUUUCCAGCACCUGGCAUUCAGAAGCCUUGCUGCCUCCGACGGAAAGAGCCACAGGUCAUGCCACUGUCACGCCACUCCUUCCAGCGCUGCCUGCCAGGGGGUGUGAGAAAGCCUGGACCCACGGAAGGGGAGACCAUGCUGUGACUGACGCCCAGCAUCCUUGCCGACUCAGUUUCCAGGUGUUUGAAACCUGGGGGGGGGGGGAGCCACAGUGUGGGCUCUGUAGCCCAGGAUGUCCCACGCGGCCAGUAGACACAGGAAAAGGUGGUGCUGUUGCAGUGGCUCUCGUGUUCCUGGGGUAGCUUGAGAAUUGAGCCUGUGUUGCGUUUGUUUUUGUUUCUUUAAGUAUAUAUUAGCCCAGUUGGUAGAAGACUCUUAAUCUCAGGAUUGUGGGCUCGAGCCCCUUUUCGGGCACAAAGUUUCCUGCAUUGCAGGGGGUUGGACUAGAUGACCCUGGUGGUCCCUUCCAACUCCACAGUUCCAUGAUCUCACUUGUAACACAGAUGCUGCAGACGGGUCUUGGUUUUGUUGUCGCACAACUUCCCGAGAGCUUUUUGCAUGGUCUCUUCUUGAUGUCCUUAUCAAGGCGUUUCUCCCUCAACACUCCCUCUUUUCUCUGCCACUUCUUGAACAGGCAAAACUGAACUGGCCAAGCAGACUGCCAAGUACCUGCACAAAGAUGUCAAGAAGGUAAGGCCUCUGCUCUCGGUUCCCCCAGCAGAACAGCCUUGUUUCCCCAGGCGUCAGCGGGUGGAGCGGCAAGGGAUCCUAGAGGCAUCGACCAAGAGGGUUCCCAUUUCACAAUUUCCUCCCUGGAGCUGCUCUGGAACGAUAACCUCCGCAGAAUCCGCACAGGCAGCCCAUUCCUGUGCACGACCUGAUCCAGAAGAAUUGCCCUGGCCACAACUGUGGCUUCUGUGGGAGCGAGUCACCGCUUUAAAAUGUUGCAGGUUUUGGAGUUCUGCAUGAUGCCGCUCUGUGCGCAGGUUUCCAGGGCGAAACCACCGUCCCUUUUCCAGUUACGUUUUCGUCCUCGCUGCCGUGGUUACUGGCUCCGCAUCAAACCCCACAACAGCCAAGGACAAACAGGCUGUGCUAAUUCAAUGGCAUGCUCAGAACAAGCGGUUCAUUAAAGCCUAAUCAGUUUGUUGGUUAUUUAGUUAAUUAAUGCAUCAAAGAGGGCGUCACAAAACGUGGAGAGAAUUAUUGGGGAAGGACAGGAGGAGAGGGUGGCUUAUAACAGCAGCUGGCGGGUUAAGGGAGAUGUUAAUACCGAGAUCUUGUUUCUGUGCCAGCUGAAAGCCCGCCUCAUCCUCUGGGUGUGCAGCAAAAACCUCGCCGGUUUUUAAACAAAGGACAGUAUAUUCUGAUUGUGGUUUCUGCAUCAUUGGUUACCUUUUACAGCCCAGCCCAGCCGCCUUGAGUACAUCUGAAUGCAGGAAUGCAAGAAAAGUUGGGCGUGAUUUGGGUGAAAAUUCUGGCCGCUGUGUUUAGAGAAAGCCCAGGGAUUCUCAGUAACUUGGGGGUAGAGGAUCUGCUUUGAGGGACGAAAGUCCCAGCCUUGGUCCUCUAUGACACCUCCAGGUAGAGCUUAGUUUGUGCCCUGCCUGAAUCCCUGAGGAGUUUCUUGGGUGGCUUUGAGCUCUGCUCAGUCAGCGCAAAGGCGGCAUAUGUAGUCCAGCAUCCCUAUUAACCAGUAACUAAAUAAAACAAGCAUACCAUUUGUCUUUCUCCCCCUGCGUAGUCUACUGGCAGCCGCUUUCCAGGAUUUGAAAAUGAACUGUUCCCAGCCCGACCUGGAGGGGGGGUGCUGAACCUGGGCCCUUUUGUAGUCAGAGCAAAUGCUCUGCCACUUCUUCUCCUAACAGCUUUUGUGCAUGCAGAUCAAUGUGCAAAGUGGGGCCACAACACACAAGUCUCUGCAGAGCCUGGCAUUGCAACAGGCACACUCUGUCAGGGAUCCAGGAUUGACUGCAGCUGCCUGUCAUCAGCACCAAUAAAUGAGUCCCUUUUUGUUUUCUUUGUGCCACCAGGGUUUCAUCAGGCUGGACAUGUCUGAGUUUCAGGAAAGACACGAGGUUAGUAAGAGAGAUGCACACCCUCAGCAACACCAUCACUCUUUGAAGAUCCCAGAAUCGCACCUGGCGACACUUGGCAUUCUCACCUUUGCUGACACUCUCUUCUUGGUGGCAAGCUCUCUCCAGAUACUCGCUCCUCCAGCCUCAACUGAAAAAAGAAAACUUAACAUUUCUAUGGUGUGCCCUAUAGAACACCAUCUCCCAUACAUUCCUUCCUGUCUCCUGAGAACAGAAGGGAGACAGCUGUAUUCUGUGUUCCUUGUUUCUUAGAUGCAAGAUUAGUUGGGGUAUAAAGUAAGGCUUUUUCCAUGGUGCCUGGAGAGAGAUCUCAAGCCAUCUCCUUGUUCAUUUUCCUCCCCUUUUUAUUUUUAUUCUGUUCAUUCAUUUAUUCGUUGUUGUUGUUGUUGUUGUUGUUUUGGCCUUGCUACGAAAGGCUCAGUAUUGUCUGAAAGUGGAAAUCUGUUGCAGAAUAAGCUUGUUGGCUUUUUUUAAUGAAAAAAAGAGCGAAUUUUUAAUCUAGUGGUUCCUAUACCUUUUGGGAACCCCAUCCCUUGGUUCCACAAACUCAACCCCAGUUCCCCCUACUCUAUAAAAAGCAUUAUUCAGAAUUGCAGUUUGCAUGAGCCCUCUCAUCACAUGUCAAGGACAACUAUCUGAAAGGAAAGUUUUAAAUGUUGGACAUUUUGCUAUGUUUUUAUAUGUGCUGUAAGCCACCCAGAGUGGCUGGGGAAAUCGAUCCAGAUGGGUGGGGUAUAAUUAUUAUUAUUAUUAUUAUUAUUAUUAUUAUUAUUACUACCACUACUACUACCACCACUACUACUGAGGAAGAAAAUAACAUGAUAAAAUUAAAAACCAUUAAUUUCACAUUUAUUCAAAAUCCACUUAAAAUGGUUUAAUUUAAUUAAUUCAACCAAACGGAUGAACUCAAUACAGUGAUACUAGCUGUUCAAAGUGUGAUAGUCAUUUAGACUUUCAGCGCCCCCCCCCCCCGCUUCCCCCCUUGCCUCUUAGUGCCCUCCUAGUUAUUCCACUGUCCCCACCCCCAGGAGAUGGUACAACCACUAGCCUAGUCCCUGCUGAUCAGAUAUUCCUGGUGUGGAUUUAGAACAUGAGUGGAAAGCAGAGUGUAGUGCAGAAACUCUUAAAAGUGUCAGGGCCCCUUCAGAGCUACCUGCCAAGGCUUCUAUCUCUGGGCCCUUGAACCAAUAACUCAGCUGCCUCUGCUCUCCGUGUCCACCUCCCAUUCCGCCAGACCAUGCAAAAAGCCACCACUGUAUAUCCCUUAAAACGUAGAUUGAGGAGCAGAACUGAUUCUGCAACAUAAGCAGCCAUGUGAUGAUGCGCCUAAUUUGCACAUUGCGGUCUUAGUAAUUGGAUUUCCUCCAUUCCAAAUGCACCCAGCUCUGGACGUACAAUCUUUUCCUUGCUCUCUCAGCGCGCUGAAAUCAGACGAUGCAGGCUCCGAACUCCUUGUGCAAGCUAGUCUUGCUUUGAGCCACAGCGAGUCUCUUUCCCCCAGCCCAGGGCUUGGGCGUCCCCAUCUGACGCCUGUGGCUUCUUUCCCUCCCAGGUUGCCAAGUUCAUUGGCUCUCCGCCGGGUUACGUCGGCCAUGAGGAAGGCGGCCAGCUCACCAAGAAGCUGAAGCAGUGCCCAAAUGCCGUGGUGCUCUUUGACGAAGUGGACAAGGCCCACCCGGACGUCCUCACCAUCAUGCUGCAGCUGUUUGAUGAAGUAAGACCGUCUUUUUAAAGAAGCCGCCCGAGGCCCCUGUGGCAACGUGAGGUUCCUGUGUGAUUUGGCAAUAUACCCUCGCUAGCCAGUCAGGAAAGAGUUAUUUGGUCCACACAAAAAUGCAGACUUAUCAAGUUGAAAGGCACGUGUUAACCCAGAUAACCCCCCCAGCACAUUGGACCCUGUUUUGUGCAAUAAAUGAUUGCCUGGUCCUUUGGGCUGCUACAGCAACCAGAGAAAACUGUGCACGUGUACAUCACCACAAACCCAGAAAUGGCACAAAGGGGGCAAAACGGCCCUAAAAGAGUGCAGAAAUGGCACAAAAACAACAUCCAGUAAUCCCAGGGGCCCCUGCACCAACCUUUGAGGCCUGUGGAGAGUUGGAGUUGGAGCAAGGAGGUUUGGAGGGAGCGAUGGCAGUGUUUGCAGGUUUUUCCAAUGGCAUUCCGAAUAUACGUGGUUUAAACGCACCGUACCUCGGAACAUAACCCAAGGCACGUGUUAACCCAGAUAACCCCCCAGCACAUUGGACCCUGUUUUGUGCAAUAAAUGAUUGCCUGGUCCUUUGGGCUGCUACAGCAGCCAGAGAAAACUGUGCACGUGUACAUCACCACAAACCCAGAAAUGGCACAAAGGGGGCAAAAACGGCCCUAAAAGAGUGCAGAAAUGGCACAAAAACAACAUCCAGUAAUCCCAGGGGCCCCUGCACCAACCUUUGAGGCCUGUGGAGAGUUGGAGUUGGAGCAAGGAGGUUUGGAGGGAGCGAUGGCAGUGUUUGCAGGUUUUUCCAAUGGCAUUCCGAAUAUACGUGGUUUAAACGCACCGUACCUCGGAACAUAACCCCCACGUAAAUGAAGAUUUCUUGCAUCUUAAAUUCCUCCUUUUCCUCCAAGGAGCUCAUUGUGGCAUACAGUUCUCUCCCCCUCUGCACUUCAUCCCCACCACAAAUCUGCUGAGAGGCACUGAGCUUCUUGGGCCAAGUCAGCAUCUGAACUCAGGCCUCCCAGGAUCUAGUCCAACGCUCUAGCCGCUACACCACACUGCCUCCAACAUAUUUAUCCAUAUUAACCAGUAAACGGCAGAUUCCAUUUUGUAGAAUAGCCAUGGGGAAGGAUGAGAAGCCGAUGAGGGGGCUCUGAGCCCUUCCUUUCUCCAGAUGGCCAGGGCGUUUCCUUCGUCAUUAUUUGGUGUGCCACCAUAGGGAUUAGUAGCUUGCACUCUGCUGCUCCUUUUCCGCAGUUGAGCAUCUCAGGAUACUGGAUUUUACGCAGAACACACCCUCCUGCUCCCAGGAGAUUCAGCAUCCUUGAGUCCUGAACUUACUUGCAUCACUUUACUUGUUUCCCACUUGAUUGGGGUGAGGGGCAUGGAUACAUGUGCAGCUACGCCUUGGGGUCGUUGGUUUGUGCCUGAGGACGUCUGACUCCUCCAGGCUGACUGGCCGACCUGCAGUGGAGCACUUGGCAUUGGCCUGAGGGGAGGGCUGAGCGCGUGCAGAUUUCACCACCCUCCUGUGUGUGUCCUCACUUCUUGGUGUGUGUUUGUUUUUUUAUUAAAACUGGCUGUGUGGUUGUUGGUGGUGGUGGCGGGCUUUUCAGGGUGGGGGGCUUCUCUCUAGGAUUAAUAUCACCGGUAUUGCAUAGAUCAUGGUGGCAGCCACUAAAUGCGAAAUCAAUUCCUGAACCGCCUGCCUGACAGAGCAAUAACCGAAAUGUUAAUCCCAAGCACCCGGCACAAAUUUGUGUCCUUCAGCUGGGCACGGCUGCGCCUGGCAGCGUUGGGAGGGAGGGGACAGACGACUUAUGCUUUUGUUUUAUUUUUCUUCUCUCCCCCUCCCUGCCGUUCCCCAAACUGGUAUUUUCGAAAGGUUCUUAUUUUUAGAGUUCUUGGAGGGAGACAGAGGAGGGGAGAGCUCAGAGUGGGGGCAGAGGCAAUGACUCUCCUGUGCAGCAACCCCCAAGUGCCUCUUGCCCUCCCCUCCGGUUAGCUGUGUAUGGUAUUAGGAACUGUUAUGAUCUCAUGUCUGAUGAGGGAGCAGCUAGAACAAUCCCCCUGUACCAAUGAUAUGUCUUUAUAGCUCACAGCCAUUCCACUGGCAGCGUAUUAAACUGGCUUUCUCCAGCACAAGUAAGCUGCCUUCCGGGGCUGGGGCGGGUGCACAGGCAGUGCCCAAAUGCUUCCAUUCCUCUUCCAAGCAACAUAGAACUGCAGAGUUGGAGGGGACCCUGGGGGUCAUCUAGUCCAGCCCCCUGCAAUGCAGGAAUUUCAGCUAAAGCAUCCAUGGCUGAUGGCCACCCAACCUCUGCUUUAAAAGCCUCAAGCAAACGAGAGUCCAGCACCUUCUGAAGGAGUCUGUUCCACUUUCUCAAAUGGCUCUUACCCUCAGAGAGUUUAGUGCUUUAGUCAGAAUCUCCUUUCUUGCCCCUUGGAUCCGUUGAUUCUGGUCCUCCCUUCUGGAGCAACAGAAAACAAGCUUGCACCUUCUUCCAUGCAGCCCUUCAGAUAUUUGAAGAUAUCUGGUUCUCACGUCAUCUCUCAGUCUUUUUUUAUGGCAGCAUUCCCCAACUUGAUCCUUCCCAAUGUAUUGGACUAGAUCUCCUACAAGGGCUGCUUUCUGGGGAUCAUUCUGCAGCCUCCUUGCAGAGCAGAGAGGGCCUUAUGCCUGAAUCAGCCCCCAGAAACUUCCCUUUCUAACGGUAGGCUUUGCAUCAAUUCCACUCCUUGUUCCUUACGGAGGAGUCUGACUCUGCUGUUCAUUGCUGUUUCUGAAGGGCCGGCUGACAGAUGGGAAGGGGAAGACCAUUGACUGCAAAGAUGCCAUCUUCAUCAUGACCUCCAACGUGGCCAGCGACGAGAUCGCCCAGCAUGCCUUGCAGCUGAGGCAGGAGACCGUGGAACUCAGCCGGAAGAGAAUUGCCGAAAAACUAGGUACCCGUUCCCCCUGUGUGCAUUCCUCCCCCCACCCUCUAAACUUUGGAUGUUCUCUUCCUUGUGCCAAACCCCAACCUGUGUGACAUCCUUUCCACUGUAUCAGACAAAGUUCUGGUCUGUUCCAUGUCUCAUUCAAGUGGCACCAAACAUAUCCCCAAAGCACAACGUGAAGGCAACAGGCUGCGCCCAGCAGUCUGCAUUUAGCCACCAGCAUUUAAGUUUGGGGUGUCUGCCACACCUCUUCCUAACCUCAUGCCAGUGUGGUGAAGCAGAUUAGAAUCACCCCACUUUGCUAUGGCGGUUGGCCCCGAGAUCAACCCAUCCAUCAUGAGAUCCCUCACUCCUAUCAAAUCCCUCACUCCGCCAUGAAAUUUGCCCCAGGGUGCGUCCUUGGACCAGUCGCUGCCUCUCAGCCUAACCUAGGCUUCCUCAACCUCGGCCCCCCAGAUGUUUUUGGCCUACAACUCCCAUGACCCCUAGCUAGCAGGACCAGUGGUCAGGGAUGAUGGGAAUUGUAAUAAUAAAUAAUAAAUUUUUAUUCAUACCCCGCCCUUCCCGGUUCAGAAAACCUGGCUCAGGGUGGCUAACAACAAAUUUAAAACACUUAAUUGAUGCUACAAAAAACAGCAUAAAAUAUGGUAUAAAACAUGAAUAACAAUAAAAUUAAAAAUCGAUUUAGGGGGGAAAUCCAUCCAAUAAACAUUAGAUGAUCACCAGGGCUAGCAGGCUAAAUUAGUCCUAGUUGGGCCAGCGAGGAGACCAGGGGAGAAUUAGCUGUGGGAUCCCAGAGCGGGUAAUCUUCAUAAAAAGGGGAGGGGGAGGAAAGGAAGGGGAAUAAAAGAUCAGGCCAAGUUCAAAUUGAAAGCCAGGCGGAAUAGCUCUGUCUUACAGGUCCUGCGGGAGGAAGUUAAAUCCUGCAGGGCCCUGGUCUCAUGGGACAGAGCAUUCCACCAGGUCGGAGCCAACACUGAGAAGGCCCUGGCCCUGGUGGAGGAUAGUCUGACUUCCUUAGGGCCCGGGACCUCUAAACUAUGGUUAUUCAUGGACCUUAAGGUCCUCUACGGGGCAGACCAGGAGUCUCAAAACAUCUGGAGGGCCGAGGUUGAGGAAGCCUGGCCUAACCUACCUCACAGGGCUGUUGUGGGGAUUCAGUGAGGGGGGCGGGGGCAACAAUGUAUGCCACCUUGAGCUCCUUGGAGAAAAAGGUGGGAUAUAUAGGCAAUCAAUAAUUUGUGCAACCUGGCUCACGACAGUCUCAGGACACUGGGCAAGCAGAAUGAGCCAAGCUGCGGUGCUGGCUUCCAAAGCCAACAAGCAGGAGCAGAGGAACCCCCUGCUCUGUAUCUGUGGGUCUGCCUGCACCCUGAGCCAAGCUUGUGCCUUUUCCUUUCAGAUGACGUCCAGAUCACAGACAAGAUAACUAUCUCUAAGCAGUUCAAGGAGAACGUCAUCCGCCCCAUCUUGAAGGUACAGAUGGUGCUGUUUACCGCUAGCCUUUCCUUUCAGCCGUCUUGGGUUUCCAGACGUGGAACGCCCCAAGCCUCGGGAGUUUGUUUUCAGGCCUCCUCUUCGGUUUCAGGCGCUCAAAUGGAUGAGAGCAGAACUCCGACCUGGAGGGCUCCACAGUUGUUUCCCGCAAGCAAGCCUCUGAGCCGAAAGCACUUGCACAUUAAUGCCCCAUGUCAAGAGGAAAGGCUGCUUUGGCUGGCAUUCCUCACUGCCACCUUCAGCCCCAGAUGCCACACACGCCCUGGGAUGGCGAGGCAGAUGGUAUGGGGGAGCCUUAGGACUCCACCCCAGACCAUCAUUGAAUUUCAAGAAGACAAUUUGAUAUUUAUGCGUCGCUAUUGCUCAGGUGUGAGAAGCGCAGAGGAUCAUUAUAUAACAUAUACAGAUAGCGUACACUUAGAAUCAUACCUCGGGAAUCCCUGACAGAUGGCCAUCCAACCUCUGUUGAAAAAACCUCCAAGGAAGGAGAGUCCAUCACCUCCCAAGAAAGUCCACUCCACUGUCAAACAGCUCUUCCUGUCUCUUACUUCGUAGAUCGUACAAGAUUUUUUACAAAAUCUUCGUAGUUUUUCCUAGACAAUAUUUACCAGUACAGUGGUGCCUUGGUUUAAGAACAGCUUAGUUUAUGAACAACUUGGAUUAAGAACGCUGCAAACCCAGAAGUAGGUGUUUUGGUUUGUGAACUUUGCCUCCCCCGCUGCUGUGGGAAAGCACACCUUGGUUUAAGAAUGCUUUGGUUUAAGAACAGACUUCCAAAACGGAUUAAGUUCAUAAACCAAGGUACCACUGUAUAAAGGUAAAGGGACCCCUGACCAUUAGGUCCAGUCGUGGCCGACUCUGGGGUUGUGGCGCUCAUCUCACUUUAUUGGCCGAGGGAGCUGGGGUACAGCUUCCGGGUCAUGUGGCUAGCAUGACUAAGCCGCUUCUCGCGAACCAGAGCCCUGCACAGAAAUGCUGUGUACCUUCCCGCCGGAGCGGUACCUAUUUACCUACUUGCACUUGGACGUGCUUUCAAACUGCUAGGUUGGCAGGAGCCAGGACCGGGCAACAGGAGCCCACCCCGUCACGGGGAUUCGAACCACCGACCUUCAGAUCGGCAAGUCCUAGGCUCUGUGGUUUAACCCACAGCGCCACCCGUGUCCCUUACCACUGUAUAGCAGCACACAUUUAUUAUGUAGCAUUGGGAACAUUCCAGUGGGUCACUAGGCAUAAUUUUUUAAAAUACGGGGAACUGUAUAUCGUAAUAUAACAAACAUCCAUCGGAAAGAAGUCCGUACUAGCUUCUGGGGAAUUCUCAUAUUUUUUAGAAACAUCAGAAGCAACUUGGUGUAUGAACACACUUGUCAGAGCUGGCUCCAGGUCCCAGCUCACAGAGGACCAACGCUAGCCGGCAGUAAUGUACAAAAGUCUUUAUUGAAGUACAGUUUCCAUUUUCAAGCCGCAGCGCCCCAGCUCUACGUCUAGGGGUUAGAUCGGCGAAGCUCCAUCUGAGUCUCCGCCCCUGUACACCAGUUUAAGAUUCUAGCCUUACUCCACCUCUUACGUCUCUCCUUUCUCCUCUGGGUCCUGCUACCCCCGGGUCCCUUCCUUCCUGGAUUCUUCUGACGCUGACCCCCUGACUCCUCCCCUCUUUUCGGCGGGCUUUGGGACCUGGCUCCCUAUCCGGGCUGCCAACUGCGCCGCCCUCCUGUACAUUUGAACUUGGCGCGCGCCCCCAGCCUUCAACCUUCCUCUCGACCGUUUCCUCGCUCCCCGAUGGAGGCGUGGCCAAUCCUGACUCAUGUCCUCCCACUGGCAGUGCGCCGCCUGAUCCCGAUGCCUGGGACCCCUCCCCUACUGCACUCUGGUGUGGACGCUGGUCCUGAUUUCCAACUGCUGCUCUCUGAGUCCCCUCUGGCCCCUUCUUCCUGGGGUGUCCCCUCGGCACCCCCUUGCUCUGACCAAGGGAGCCCUUUCUGUGAAUCUUCCGAUUCGCUGGAAAGACUCAGAGACCUCGGACCGCUGUCAUCGCUAACAUUUCCUUCGGACUCCUCCCCCUCGCUCUCUAUUUCCUCCCUUUCCUGUGCCUCUGCUCCUGAACCCCUGACAACACUGAACAGGAAAAUUGAGAGCCUGCGAUCCUAUAUGUUUACCUGGGAGUAAAUUACGGCGCUGGAGCAAAGCAGGAGUCUCCCUGGUUCACACUUAGAUGGGGGUAGAGUCCUCCUAAGCAACUUAAUGAAGGGGAGCCCACCAGACGUAAUUGGGGGAGUGGAGAGGUUCUGCUCAUUCGUCCUUCUGUUCAUUUCGAUUUGCUUUCACUUCUCCUGGUCUGGUUUUGUCCUCCACGGACAGCAAUUUCAACAUGUUACAGGUUUUUUUUCCUGCAGACUGCUCAUCCACUUUGCCUUCCCAGCAAACCUCUCUGCUCUGCCCCUUUUCCUCCUGCAGGCUCACUUCCGGAGAGACGAGUUCCUGGGAAGGAUCAACGAAAUUGUCUACUUCCUCCCCUUUUGCCACUCGGAGCUCAUCCAGCUUGUCAACAAGGAGCUGAGCUUCUGGGCUAAGAGGGUAAGGAUCUCUGCCACUCGCCCCCACGCCUCCUCCCUCCCCAUGCAUUGUGCCUUUCGCACAAAUACACACAACACCCCAGCACUUCAUUUAAAGGGAGAAAGAAAUCCUUGCUGUUAAUUCCCUUGGAAAUGUGAAGAUGGGGUUCAUAAGUGCGAACACAAAUAUGUAACUGCAGACACAUAAUUGAAAAAUCACAAAUUAAAUCCAGGUGCAUGUUAUCCAAUUCUGCAGUUUAAUGACAGUUAGACCCAACAGCAUUUCACAUACCUCAGUUUCGGGAAUUUUGCACCAAAUUUGUUACAAUCCUGAGCUUCCAUUUUAAAAUAGAAAGCAAAGCAAGUUCCUGGUCCUCAUUAUUAUUAUUAUUUUAAAGCUGUGUUUGAAGAAUUAAAAUCAGACGCCUGUCUGUAAAGAGCACCAGCAAUCAAGAGAGUAGAAAUUCUGUGCCCUUCCCAGUCACCUUCCCCUCUCUUGUGGCAUCUAGUUUCCUAAUCAUAAGUCACUCAUAGAAUCCUAGAAUUGUAGAGUUGGAAAGGAACCCCCCCCAGGGUCAUCUAGUCCAACCCCCUGCAAUGCACUCUUGCCCAUCUUGGCAUUAUAGUUCAGUGGUAGAAUAUUGGUUUUGCAUGCAGAAAGUUACCAGCUUCCUCAGGCAAGACUUGGACACUCGUUCCCGAAACCACUUCCUGUCUGCUUAGGCCAGGCAUAGUCAAACUCGGCCCUCCUGAUGUUUUGGGACUACAACUCCCAUCAUCCCUAGCUAACAGGACCAGUGGUCAGGGGUGAUGGGAGUUGUAGUCCCGAAACAUGUUGCCUGGCUAAGGCAGUGCUGAACUAGAUGAACCAGUCACCUGACUCAGUAUAAAACAGCAGCAUGCUUCCCAUAGUACAGUGCUUAAAAACAUAGUUUGCCUGCAGAGGGUCCCAGAUUCGUUCCCUGGUGCCUUCAGGGAAGGACCCCCCCCCCCCCCCGGAGCCCUGAAGAGCUGCUGCCAGCCAGUGAAGGUUAUACUGAGCUGGAUGAGCUCGUCAUUAAGCAGCAACAGACAGGCAUGUGAAAUCACUUUUAAUGAAAAACAAAAGUCAGAAUAAGCAUUUAGAUUAAGAAAUGAUAUACAACACAAACAAAUCUUCCGCACGUUUUUGUUUUUGUUUUUUGUAACGUGCUCUGAGUGCAGAAUUUGGGUAGCACUUCCUUGGGGUGGAAACGUCACUUUUUAAAAAUAAAUGAAUAAAAAUGCAGCCAUGUGCAGCUGCCAUGACUCUUGCAAAAUCUGUGCAGAGAGAAAACGCCACACACACAAGUUACCGUAUUUUUUGCACCAUAACACUCACUUUUUUCCUCCUAGAAAGUAAGGGGAAAUGUCUGUGCGUGUUAUGGAGAGAAUGCCUGCGGGUGGCAGGGGGGAUCUGCUGCAGUCGUGAGCAGAGGAUCCAUGGUUCCCCUUCCUUCCCUCCUCCGUGGUUACAAAGCAUGGAUCCCCAUGGAUCCUCAGGAUUUUUGCAUUGGGCUACUCCAAACUCACCGUCAGAUCACAUGUCUGUGGCCACAGCAUGAACCACAAAAUCAUAUAUCCACUAUUUCGUUUAGAAUAUUUUUUUUCUUGUUUUCCUCCUCUAAAAACUACGUGCGUGUUAUGGUCUGGUGCGUGUUAUAGAGCGAAAAAUACGGUACCUAUUUCAUUCAGAUGAAUAUUUGAUGCCAAGCCAUUUCAAAUGUGUGCAGUUAGAAAAAGUAAGUUUAAGGUAAUAUGGCCUUAAUUUACACAAUAUAGCACUUAACGGGAUCGGGGCAGGUUGCAAUAGAACCGAUUCCCUCCUUAACUCUUGUCAGCUCUGAUGAAGCUGUUUUCCAGGGGAAGGAAAUUGCAGUACUUUUAAAAAAGAAGCAAAACUCCACACCCGCAAAUCCUCUCCAGCCAUAUAGAUUUUCUGUGCGGUGGUAUUACGAAGAUGUCCUCAUUUCACCAGGAUCACGGUGGAGGACAGUGUUCAGGCGAGGGGGGUGGGGGUUGCUUUCCGUAGAUAGGAGACUCCAGCCCAGAAAGCUCUCUGCUCAGCCCAGUGCAAACCAGCCUCUGCUUCAGAGAGCGAAAGCGUGGCGGUCUGAUCCCAGUAACUUGCUGCUUCUUUCUCCCCCUGCAGGCCAAGGCAAGGCACAACAUCACCUUAGUGUGGGACAGGGAGGUGAUGGACGUGCUAGUGGAUGGCUACAACCUGCACUAUGGAGCCCGCUCCAUUAAGCACGAGGUGAGCGGGGGGGCGGGGGCAGAGGGAGCUCUUGCUCCUCUUCCAGUGCUGACAGAAGGGGACCUGGUGGCAAGCCUUGCUUUCUCCCUCAACUAAGAUGCUCCACCAACGCUGCUGCAACGUUAGCUCAUAGGGGAGCUGCUCCACCCCAGCAACAUUCCGGUUGUCCUAAUGAUCCCAUAGCAUGGAAUUUGCCCUUUUCACAGCUGAACCUCUUCAUUGAGCUGUAUCUGCUACGACCCCAAGGUCUCAUUCCCCAUGAGCAUAUAUGAAAUUAAGAUUUUGUGGCCCCUUCCAGCUCCACAGCAUGAUUCACUGAUGUGCAAUCUCUUGAAUGUGCAGUCUUCCAGUCUCAAGGCAGCUUCUGCUUACGGCAGCCCACGUAGCCUGGAUUUCUGUGUUUUUUUAUUGUUUUAAGUCAUUUUUAUAUACAAAGUGAUAUUAAAAUAGAAAAUGAAAAACAUAUCCAUAUAAAGAGAUUCCUUCACAUCUCCAGGCUUCCUCCCACCGCUCCAUGAAAUUCCCUUUUGAACAUUUAUUCCUGAAUAUUCUUCCAUACUCUCAUUUUUAUAUCAAACCAUAUUAUCCAUGAUAAUAGUCACACUACAAGUGAGAUCAAAAUCCUGCUAACGUUUCCAUCUGCUUACAGUGGUCUCCUAAAUAACAUAUAAAUUUUCCCAUUCUUUUAUAAAGCUAGUCUCUUGAUUUCCAAGUUUUCCAGGCAGUUUUGCCAUCUCGCAUAGUCCAUCAGCUUGGUUUGCCACUCCUCUCUGGUCGGGACUUUGUCUUCUUUCUAUUUAAUUUUCUAUCCUGCCUUUUCUUAAAAGAGCUCAAGACAGCUCCCCUCUCAACAACCCUGUGAGGGAGGUUAGGCUGGAAGAUAGGAAGUAGGCCAGGACCCCUCAGGGAGCUUCGCGGCUGCAUGUGGGAUUUGAACCUGGUCUGUGUUCUUGAUCCAGAACUCUUCUCACUACUACGUGGCUCGUCUCUGUCCCUGCUCCCCAGGUUGAACGUCGAGUCGUGAACCAGCUCGCCGCCGCCUACGAACAGGACCUCCUGCCCCGCGGUUGCACCUUGCGGAUCACGGUGGACGACUCAGACAAGCGGCUCCUGAAAGCCAAGGGCAGCUCGUCCCCCGCGGAGGGCCAGAGGAAGGGCCCCACGCUGCGGCUGGAGAUAGUUGAGAAGGACAGCAAAAGCCGGAAGCUGGACAUUCAGGCCCCGUUGGCUCCCGACGAGAUGUCCUAUACUUUAUAGGCCCGCGGGCUGCCCCCUGCGGAGCUUCAGGUUGUGUGGUCAGUAAUAAAACAAUCAUGAGAUGUAGACGGAGGAGUAAGGAAGGUGGUUUGGGGAACCCGGGUUUCUCUGGAGAUCAGAGCUUAGCUGGGAGAGAGAAAAAGAGAGAUCCUUAUAGCUCAAAUCACUGCUACAGCCUUGUUGAGACAGGGCUACCCUGUGCAAAAUCGAUGGGUGGGUUCAGCCUGCUGCCCCGCAGAGCUGUUUGCGAGGGGGAGAGGUUUGUGCUUUGGGUGGGGCAGGGUUUCUCAGGGGAAAUAAGCACGAACUUCCUUGUUCCAAGCGAGCUGCUGUGCCUGCCUCCCUCCAGCCCCGUAAGUGAUGCUGCAGAAUACGUUGGGUGCCGAUUCAGGUCUCAAAAAGUGACUUUUUCAGACGCUCACCAAGGGGAUGCCUCUGCGAAGGUGCUGGGUGUGGCCUUUUCCAGCCACCUGGGCACCAACCAGAUCUCUUAAGUUAUUGCAAUAAAUGUUAAUGGAUACCAAAUGAGCUCCUCUCCUCGUCUGUUCAUCUCGGGCAUUUAGGUGGCGGCGGUGGGGGAACCUCCUGCACAUGCUUGGCUGAAAUGCGUGGGAGCUGUGCAGGUGGACAGUCUGCAGAAUCCUAGAAUUGUAGAGUGGAAAGGCCUCCUAGGGGUCAUCUAGUCCAACCCCCUGCAAUGCAGGAAUCACAUCUAAAGAAUCACUGACACACGACCAUCCGACCUUUGCUUAAAAACUACAAAAAAAGGAGAGUCCAUCACUUUCCAAGGGAGUCUGUUCCACCAUCAAGCCGCUCGUACUGGUAGAAAGUUCUUCCUGAUGUUUAGUUGGCAUCUCCUUUCUUGAAUCCAUUGGUUCGAGUCCUGCCUCCAUUGCGGGAGAAAACAAGCUUGCUCCAUCCUCCAUGUUGGCAGUCCUUCAGAGAUUCAAAGAUGGCUGUCAUAUCACCUCCCAGUCUUCUCUCCUGCAGGCUAAACAUCCCCAGCUCCCUCAACCAUUCCUCAUAAGGCUUGGUUUCCAGACCCUCGACCAUCUCAGUCACCCUCCUCUUGCAACAUCCUUCUUAAACUGUGGUGCCCAGAACCGGACACAGUUCUCCAGCUGGGGGGUCUGACCAACACAGAGUUCUGUUACGUUGCCAUUUAUGCACAAGAACAUCCUUUUGCCUUUUCUCCCUUAAGGGUCUGCCUGCAUCACUCUUCCUUGUUACGGUGGUGGGGCAGUUCUGUUCUCUGGCUUACGCUUCUGUUCUCUGCCUGCCUAGGGGCCGGUGGCUCCCAUGGUGAGGAAGCUGGAGCUCACCAAAGCAAAGAAACGUGCCCAAAACAACACUAUGGGGCACAUCUCUCCAAAGCCACAAGACUGAAAGCGUCUUUUUUGCCCUUCCCAAACAUGUGCUUCCUCCUCCUCCUGCUCCUCGUAGGAUUGUUUGCUACUCUGAAAUUGAUUUAGUUUCCUAAAACAGUAGGAAAUAUUGUGCACCCUGCCAUGGUUUAAAGCGGGGAGGAGCAAAGUUGGAGAGGAAGAGGGAGCCAGUGGCCAGGAAUUAGCUAUGACCCUUAGGGUCCCUUCCAGUGCUUACAGUUCUUUGAUUCAAACUGCAGAGCGUUUGGUGGCGUAGUUCCUCUUUACCAAAACAAGAACAUAAGACGAGCCAGGCUACUGGAUCAGGCCCAGCUUCUAGCUCUCACAGCAGCCAGUCAGAUGCUGCCUUGAGAGAAACCCGCAAACAGGACCUGAGCGCAACAGCAGCACUCCUUGCCUGUGGACCCCCCCCCAAGUGGUAUUCAGAGGCAUUGCUCCCCCAGCAGUGGAGACAGAACAUAGCCAUCCUGGCUGGUAGCCAUUGAGAGCCCUCUCAUCCAGGAGUUUGUCUAAUCCUCUUGUAAAGCCAUCCAUGUUGAUGGGCAUCACUGCAUUUUGUGGGAGCAAUCUCCAUAACUUAACUAUGCACUGUGUGAAGAACUACUUGUUUUUGUCCUUAUUGCCUGUUCCAACAUUCAAGCAUCGUUUAAUGGCCUCUCUGGGCUCUAAUAUUAAGAGAGAGGGAGAAAAACGCCUCUCCACGCCAUGUGCAAUCUUGCAGACCUCGAUCGUUUCCCUGUUUCCCCUUAAGUGCCUUUUCCCCUCAUAGGAAAAGCCUUUCCUCGUGGGGAGUUCGCUCCACCCCCUGAUCAUUUCUGUUGCCCUUCUCUGAACCUUUUCCAACUCUGCACUAUCCUUUCAGAGGUGUGGUGACCAGAACUUCACACUGUAUCCCAAGUACGACCUCCCCAUAGAUUUGUACAAUGCCGAUACUGUCGUUUGUUUUCACUCCCCAGCCGCAGACGACACUCCCUGGGGAUGGGCCCAGGGCCCAGCUGUGGACUGUGCCAGCUUUUGCACAAGAAGCUGGCGAUGCAAAGAUGCCACGGGUGCAGAUUGAUCGAUUGAUCGCCAGUGAGCAUAUAUAUAACUCUGAUAAGCAUGCAGAGCUUCAGCCCCAUUGAUUGAGUUUGCCUCAAGGUUUGGCUGCUAAUCUAAUUACAGCCGGAGGAUUGAGAACAGGAACCAGGGUAGGAAUACCUUUAUGAUGAUGAUGAUUAUUUAUCAGUUUUAGCACUCCAAAAGUGUUCUGCAUUUCUUAUUUAUUUCGUGGAGCAACCGUAGCUCGCAGGGCUGAGAAUCAGCCUCAUUAAGCUGAGCGGAAGGAUAACAGAUUUGUCAGCCUUGUCAGCGAUUUCCUUCGCAGCAGGGGGAAAGUGGGGAGAUGAGAGUUUGCUUUUCGGACCUUGCUUUGCAGAGAGAGUGGCUCUUGGGGGUGGAGUGGGGUGGUCUUGCACCCAGACUUCCUGGCGUGGCUCCCCCACAACCUUUGGCUCCCUGGGACGGGUUCUCAAAGGAACCUUUUGAGUACAUUGGCUUGCUCUCAAAGCAUACCUCUGCACUCAGAGCAACAAGGAGAAGUCAACCUCUGCCCCAUUUCCACGCUUCUCCGCGUUGCAGGGGGUUGGACGUGGGGGGGGCAGUGGGUUGCUUCCCCACAGCAGUGGGCAACUUGGCUCCCUGUUGUGUGGAUCAUCCUGAGUUCUUUGCAAGCCACGUUGGCACCAUGCCUGUUCUCUGCAUAGGGCACCCACUCACCUGAGCCACGUUGGACAAACAAGACAUCAGGACGUAAGCAGAGCUUGCUGGAUCAGGCCAAUGGCCCAUCUAGUCCAGCAUCCUGUUCUCACAGUGGCAGAACAGUUGCAAGGAUAGGUUCUGCAGAACACUACCCAGAUACUUCCUUUUUGUGGCCAACAGAGGCUAGAGCAAAGAGGCCAAAUUUGCUAGGCAUGUUCAAAGUAUUCAGCUUGCAGAAUCAGCCUUUUCUUGGUGCAGAAUUUGGAAGCCUGCUCUGGAUGCUUCCAAAUUCUGCACCAAGAAAAGGCUGAUUCUGCAAGCUGAAUACUUUGAACAUGCCUCUCAACCUCAGCCCUCCAGAUGUUUUGAGACUACAAUUCCCAUCAUCCCUGACCACUGGUCCUGCUAGCUAGGGAUCGUGGGAGUUGUAGGCCAAAAACAUCUGGAGGGCCAAUAUUGAGGAGCCAGAUCCAGAGCCUCGUGCUUCUGAUCACAGCUCUCCCUCCUUAAGGUUUAAAAGCAACAGACUUCAUGCCUUCAGCCUCUCCUCUCCUCACCCUAGUCCUUCCAUUCCCUGCACCUUGGACUUGUAAACCCACCUGGAAGCACUUUGGUUUUUGAACUGCACCUUAACACCGCUUUGAUUAAUAAAAUUACAUUUCAUAAGAAAGCCACAAAUGCACUCAUUCUUGGUGCUUCAGUUCCUGGGUCCCAUCUCUUAUUGGAGCACGAUUCUGCAUCCAUUUAUAAAAUUUAUACGCUUGAUUCUGAAAACCCUCUAAGCGGUUUAUGAAAAAGAUGAAGCAAUAAACGUUAUCAAUAAGAAGAAUCGGCAACAAUAAUUUUAAGACUUUUGAAAAGUUAAAUAACAAUAUAGAAACAGAUUAAAAUGUGCAUCAACUUUCAAAACAUCUGGGUAGGCUUGUCUAAAUAAUGUUUUUGGCAGAAUGUUCUUGGUUUGAACCUCGUGGAGCAGGUGGGAAAUGGACAAAAGGCCGAAGAUUCCUCACUGGUGCUCCAAAGCAACAAGGACCUCUGCGGCCUCAUCCUGCUGUCUGCUGUGAUGAGGAGGCUCAAGCGUUCAAAGCUUUGAGCCUUGCAUUCCCUCCUGUCUUGCAAUUCUCACCUUAGAGGAGACAGAGCAGCCUCCUUUCCAACCCUGCGGUUCCCAAACAUUUGGGGGGCACCCGCUACCCUCUCGGUUCCAUAAACGUCUCCCCAGCACCCCCCACCCUAUUCAAAACAGCGGGUUGCCUGACCCACUAAGGGAGAUAAUAACCCAACAAAAUUCAAAAUGGGAACAAUUAAAUUGCAGAUGUAUUCAAAAUCCAGUUGAAAUUAUUUUAAUUAACUCGACAAAAGGGAUGAACUUCAUCCAGCUUUCCAAGGCCUGAUAAUUGUGUACACCGGCCUGUUCCCCUCUGCCUGCCCCCCUCCCCCCGCCCAAGGUGGAGGACAGAAUCUGGGCAGGGCGUUCUUGCGAGUAGGGCGAGUGUUGCAGAGUUGUGGGUCAGCAGCAGGGAGAGUGAAGAGGGGAGGCAGCCCAGGUUCUUAAUGUCUUCUCAACAGGUGCUGCUAGGGGUUUGCUGUCUUGGGCUCUUACACUUUCGGAAUGUAGUUUUUGAAUCGCAUUGUAUUGCUUUGUAUGGAUUAUAUUCUGUUGAAGUUUCUCAGUUUCAUUAAAUAAGUUUUUAUAAACUGCUUAGAGACUGUCUUAGUAUUAAGGAGAAUAAUAAUAAAUAUUUAAAUAACUGAAUUGUGGAAAAUGGGUCUAUCCAAAAUGCCUAGCCUCCUAUAUCACAGCUGCCCCAGAAUGGGUUGUGGAUCACUCGCCUGCCAUCCAGGGAGGAGGAUGCAUGAAUGAAUGAAUGAGAG